AUGGCUGACCGGAGCCCCCCGAACUGCCACCUGAGGCUGGAGUGGGUUUACGGCUACCGGGGCCACCAGUGCCGCAACAACCUUUACUACACGGCCGCCAAGGAGAUCGUCUAUUUCGUGGCGGGGGUCGGGGUGGUCUACAGCCCCCGGGAGCACCGGCAGAAAUUUUACCUGGGGCAUCAGGACGACAUCAUCAGGUAGGGGGGGGCACACCACCCAACCCCGCCGGGAAGCCCUUUCCUUCCUUCCUUCUCUCCCCCUCUCCCUCCCUCGUUUCCAUUCCCAGGUCUCCUUUAAGCGCCGUCUCUGCAGGAAGACUUGUCAGAGGAGGAGAACGCGCUCGAUCGACACAGACAAGCGCUGCCUUUCCUCCCGCCUUGCGAAAAACAGCAGCGACAGGCAGGCGCCCUCCUUAGGGCAUCAGGGUCCUCGUUUGAUCCCAGUCUACAGAAGCGCCGUAUUAAUCUGGGAUUUCCCCCCACCUCCCCUCCCCUCCCUGUGCAAUAUUAUCUCUCUUCCCUAUUCGAGGAGGGUGUGUGUGUCUGUUUAUUAUUAUUUAUUUACUAUCCUAGGGGCCGGCCAGUUCUUCUGCGUUCACUGCAGUUUCACUCUCUUUCGUGAUCUGGCGAAUAGUAAAUACCCGGGAAACAAUCUUCUCUCUAGCUGUCAAGGGCAGUUGUUAAUAGGCGGUUAUCUCCUUCUGCUCUCGGGAGUAACGGAAAAGUUUGUUAGGCUGAUGCCUGAGGAUCGAUCUUCCUUCUUCCCUUCUCUUUCUUGCUUCCAGAAAACCCCAGAAAUCAACAUUUUUACCUUAUAAAUACAGAUUGGAUUUCCUGUAUUCAUAUCCCAGCCCCCACUCUGUCUUUCUCAUAAACACAUCUGUUAUCGGAGAUCUGUACUGUUGCGAUUGCUGAGAUCAACUAAGGGUGCCCUCUUAACAGCACUAACCUCCUGCCUGUUUCACUCAGCCAAAGGCACAUAGAGAGGUGUUCUCAGGCUGCUGCUUGCACCCUUCAUUAUGAAACUACCUCUUCUUGGGAGUUUACAAUAGUCCAAGCUUAAAAUCUUUCUGGAGCAUUGUAAGGUCUUCAAGUAUCUUUUCUGACUGGCUUAUGUGGGUGAGGAGUAGUGUGUACUCUGUCCCUAAAACACAGGCUUGAAUUCUGACAUGUAUACAUUUUUCUCCAUUUCCGCAAAGUACACUGUGUAAAUCCAGUUUAUAUUUGUCCAGUUUGCCAAAAGCAAAAACAAAACCUAGUACUGCAGUACAAUAUACCCACAUAUCACCUCUGGGUAGCUGAUUUUCUUAAAUUUCUCUUAUUUAUUAAAGUCAAUAAAUUUAUAAAUAUUUACUGUUGGUAAAUUAUAUAACUGUGACCCACUUCUGCAGCUUUAAAUAUUUCUUCAUUUGUGUUCGGCUGUUAGAAAUCACAGUUUUACACAUUUAGUAUUGGUGCUCAUAGUUGGUAGAAUUGCCAAACAAUUAUUAGAAGCAUCAAUUUUGAAAUCUGUUUACUCUUAUGGGUGACAAUAAAUGAGACUGAAUCUAAAUUUUGAAGCAGUUUUGCUUUGGUUUGCUUAUGCAUUUUAUUUAUUUUAGACUGGUGACAAUGGAAUUUCCCACAGUAAUUUGUUAUUUUUCUCUUGAUAUUGUAUAUUAUAUACACAACAUAUGGCAGUUGUGGAUCCCUACUGCAAAAAAGGCAUUGCUUCCUGUUGAAUUCUGAACUUCUGGUGGUCUCCUAUUUUUCACUUGAAUGUUAAAUUUCUGAACAGUUCUUAAGCAAUGGGUAGGUAUUUUAAUCAUGGAGGAGUGUGCUGACUUGGCAUUCAUUACUGAGACCUGGUUGGGGGAGAUGGGUGUGCCCGAUCGUUCAUGGCUGUGCCCCACUGAGGACUCGAUGCAGCACCAAGCUAGCUAGCUUAGAGAGCCAGGAAGGUGGAGUUACCAGAGUUCAUUCUCCCUUACCAGGAAACCUCUCUACCUUGGCAUGGGUCUAGAGCAGGCAUAGGCAAACUCGGCCCUCCAGAUGUUUUGGGACUACAAUUCCCAUCAUCCUAAACUAACAGGACCAAUGGUCAGGGAUGAUGGGAAUUGUAGUCUCAAAACAUCUGGAGGGCUGAGUUUGCCUAUGCCUGGUCUAGAGGGUCUGUAUCAUACACUGAGUCUUAGAUUAGGGAUGCUGUUGUUGUAUUGUGUUGCCCAAUAGCCUCCCUGACAGAGCUGGCUGAGGUAGUCUCAAGAAUGGUGUUAGAGGAAUCUCAAACCAUAAUUCUGGGUGACUUUAACACCCAUGCCAAGGCUGCCAUUGGACCAGCACAAAGUAGCAUGGCCUCCAUGGCAACCAUGGGUCUGUCUUAGGUUGUUAUAGGACCCAUGUACAGAGCAGAAUUACCCUUGGUCAUUACUCCAGGUGGUGACAGGUGUGACGAGUCAGAAAUUAGGGGUGGCAUUUCUGUGACUCCUUUAUCAUGGUUAGACAACUUUCUGAUGAAGUUUGGACUCAAGGCAGCUAUCCCGCUCUGCAGUGAUGGGACCAGUUAUGGUGGCCUGCCCCCAGAAACUUAUUGAUCCUGAUGGAUUCCUGAAUACUUGUGGGGACUUGGGGAGAGGCUCUUGUUACAUUGUUGAAUGGUGAGAUGCAGAGGGCUAUUGACACAUUAGCUCCUGAGCAUUCUGUGCAGUGCUGCAGGUACUGAUAUUCUAGGACACUAUGAGUGAUUAAACAGGCUGGAUGAUGGCUAGAGUGCCAGUGGUUUAGAUCUCACUCUGAAGCUGACUGAGCACUGAUUAGAGAACAUAAUUGCACCUACUUUCUAAUUUAGAUACUACAGUUAUGGUUCCAGCAGAGGUGUCAAAUGCUUUGUCUUUUCCAAUUUAUGGGAUCAAUUUCAGUUUAUGAUGACAUCAACGGAGUGCUAGCAAGAAUGUGCUCAACUUUAUGCCCUCCUGACCCCUAGUAAAAUCAAGCUGGGGAAUUGAUUAGGUGGAUCCAGAGUGUGGUGAACACAUCUUCACAUAGGUAGGAGGGCUGCAACUUUAAAGGUGGCCGUGGUGCAGUAGCUACUGAAAAAGCCAGCCCUGAACCUGGUUGCCUCCUUUCUGGUGACUGAGAAGGUUGUGCAGAAUCAAGUUUAAAUUAAUUUUAAACUUAUAAAGAAUUUUUUUAUGUUUGUGAAGAGCUCUUUGGACUGUAAGAAAAUGCUAGCUAUGCUGGUGGAGUAAAAACUAAAUUAUUUACACAAGGAGGCAUUAUUAGUAUUUGUUUCGGAUAUGAAGUACCACCCCAUAUCAUGCCUACUGUGUAAAGUCUAGAAGGCAUUGUGGGCUCUUUUCUUUCUUUGUUUUUCUGCUUAUAGCACUGCAUGGGCUUGAAAAGUUGUAGCUUGCAUUUGGAUGUCUGAAAUAUCAUGCUCUAGAAACAAUAUAUGUUGGAAAUGAGGCUUAGUAAAAGUAUUGGCCUAUGGGCUGUGUCUUCAUAUACAACAAUAGGCUACAAUAUCUGUAAUAUGUGUGAUUCUAUGCACAGUUAUGUAGAAAUCACCGGAGCUUACUCCUGAGAUAAGAUGGAUAGAAUUACAUUGUAAUAACACUGAUAGUCAUAGUGCUGAAGGGCACAGACCUGUAGAUACUUUUUGUGCAACUGAUUUGUUUGAAAUUCUGAACCUACACUUAAAGUCUCAAAUUUGCUGCAAUCUUUUUAAAAAUUUAAAAGGAUGAUAUCUAUUGUCAGGUGCAAUGUUUUGUAGUUGAAAGAAUAUAUUUUAGCUACCAUUCCUUUGAUGGUGAGAGCUACAAAAAAGGCACGUAAGCAUUUAGGUGGGAAGGGUCAAGGAAGAAUUUAUUUGUCAUGACUUUCAACCUGAGGAACUUGCAGUGUGCAGCAGAGGACUCCAAGGUUCAGGCUGUUUCCCUGACAGAAGAACCAUCAGAACCACCACAACUCAUAUGAUGAGUCCUCUGCAGUACUUCUAUCAUCCCCAGCCUCACAAAAUCAAAGUCUGCAAAAUAGGACAAAUGUCAUUUAACCACCUUGCCAACCAAUUGCACUUCAGAUCUUAUUAGCCUAUAGAAGACUUCAGGUGGCUAGCUCCAGCAAAAACAACAUCUUCCUAUAUAUGCCUUAGUAGCAGGACACUUCAGCUAGCAGGGCCCCUGUCGAGCUCUCUAAGGUCUUGUUUGUGACUGCUUUGGCCUGACUUAAUUUGCCUCCAGCAGCCACUGUGUGCUUCUCUUGCUAGCCUUUCUACUUCUCUUUCAACUUCCCUUACCCACUUUAAGAGGACCAACUCACACUUUGAGGAUGAUCUAGAGCAGGGAUGUCUAAUCUGUGGCCCUCCUGUAGUUGUUUGACUCUACCUCCCAUUAGCCCCAGCUAAUAUGGCCAAUGGUCAGGGAUUAUGGGAGUUACUGUCCAGCAACAUCUGGAGGGCCAUUAAUUAACCACCCUCUGAUCUAGAUCCACAGCAAAUUCAUUUCCAAAGUACAUAGUUUCCCACACUCUAGGCUUGGUUCCUCCAUUCCAAACUGGAGCAAACUUCACUUGCUUUUUGUAUAAAGAUUAGAAACACUGACCCCAGACCUUCAAAGCACUAUUGUGAUAUAAGGACUAGUCCAAUGGCAUGUAUGCCACAGUAAAUCUGUUAGUCUUUAACACUUUAAAUGUCAGAUGUAAAGUGCAGGUUUAACAACCCCACAAUAGAAACAAGUGUAUAAUCCUUUAUUUUCUUCCAUAAAAGUGUGUGACUACCAAUGCAUAAGGAACAAAGUGAAGCACUGAAAUUGAAGGAAGUAGAAAUCUUGAUUUGUUGGAGCAUUAUGUCAUGCUGCUAUGCUAAAGGUUUUAUGUUUAAGUUACAAGGAACUGGAGGAGUACACUGUUAUUUAUUUCUCUUUCCCUCCAAAGAGCAGCAUAAGAAGCUGGUAGAUGGAGGUAGGUACUAUCCACCUUAAUUUCAUCCUCUUGUUGACACAUCAUGCAUGCCCUAGUACAUGUUUUUAUGUUGGACAGUGGAGUGCAGUUGACAAUUACUGUUAUUGGCCAUGUUUAUAAAUAAGACAUGGAUUGUUUAGCUCAAAUGUAGUUUGUUUGCACAUGUGAGCCUGUUCUGGCAAGUUAAUGAUAAUUAACCCAACAAAUCUCUGUAUGAAGCCAUGAUUUGAAGUUGGCUUAUGAAUGGUAACCAUGGUUUAUUGUUACAUCUGAACCUGCAGUGUUGGGUUAAUCGUGGUUAGUUUUAGUGUUUAACCAAAACUGCUCAUCCAACUACAGAUUCAUGAGGCAAGAGUGGCUAGAAAACAAAACCAUGCCCAAUGCUAAGUGACUCUUGCUGAUGCUUUUCCAGUCCUUGCACUCCUUUCUCACUCAUCCUGGUAACAGGCUCCUUUCACUACUCACCUCCUCCCUGGCAAAUUCUUGGUCUCCAGUUCGUAUGCUUACCUUUACCAAGAGAAAAUUUAGAGAGGCACUGACUAUUUUGUUAGCAUUGGUUUAGGUCUAGUUGUUGAAAGCACAGCCCCAUACUUUGCUGGUUGCCCUAAUUGUUACACACAUGAGGAGGAAUUCUGUGCAGUGUGGCACUAAGGAGAUUGUUCUGUUGCAGUAGCUGAAGAAGUCCUUGUGUGGGCUCCAGCUAGUGAGAUCAGUUUAAUAAAUCUGUCCCAAGGGAAUUAAAAUAAAUACUUCACAUGGAGGAAACAGCAAAAUAAGGGGCUUCAAUUUAGGAUUCUAGUCCUAUAGCCAUUUACAUGGGACUAAGUCAGUGGGGAUUACUUCUGAGCAGACAUGCAUAAAUCUGCAGCAGAUGACAGGUCCCUGCCCCGAGGAACUUUUUAUCUAAAAUUCAACACAGAGAAAACAGCAAAGGAAAGGUAUUCAGUUCAGAAGUCUAGAUCUAAACCCAUUUAUGUGGGAGCAACUCUCACUUUCUGUUAUAAACUGAUUGCAUUGUGUCCUAUUAUUUAUUUUAAAAAAUGAGACCUUUUUUGUAAGCUCAGAGUAUUAAAACCUAACAUCAGCAGCAACACAGUGGUUGUCUUCCACUCUUGCAUGCCCCUUGGGCUAUUUAACUAAAUUCUUUUUGUAUUUGUUGAAAUCUUGGGGUUCCUACUGAUGCCUCCCACUUGUGCAUGGAUGUUGCCAUUUUGGCUACACAAGCAAUGACACUCACAACCUUAAAUAGAUGUUGAAAUCAUAAGAAGACAGGUCCCUGUCACAAGGAGCUUACAAUUUAAAAUUCAAAACAGAGGAAACAAGAAAAGGAGAAUCAAAUACUGCAUCCUGUUCAUAAGAGUAAGUACCAGGCAGACCCACGAAGAGCCUGUCUGAGGCCUGUGGCAGGAGUCUUGUUAGAAUAAAGUUAUAAACUCAAACAAAAAAAGCAGCCAGUCCCUGGAGAUCCUCCUUGCCAGGUUAGCCCUCUGAGGCCCGGGGCUGCCUACCCCGUUUGCACGGGACUGGUAUCAUUGAAGUCAGUGAGGAUUACUUCUGAAUAGACAUGUAUUGAGUUGCACAGGAAGACAGCUCUCUUCUUUGAGACGUUCACAAUCUAAAAUUCAACACAGAGGAAACAAGGGAUUCAAUUCAAGAUUCCAGUCCUGUACACAGUGACAUGGGAGUAAGUUCUAUUGAACUCAGUGGUGAUUUCCUCCAAGUAGCCGUGUAAAUAUUUGCACAAGAAUGCAGGUCUCUGCCCUAAGGAGUCUACAAUCUAAAAUUCAACAUAGAGGAAGAAGGAAAAUAAAGACCCAACUCCUGUCCUCACUUUUACACAGGAGUAAGUCACACUGAACUUAUUGGGGAUUAUUUCUGAGUAGACAUGCACAGAGUUGCACAGGAAGACAAGUUUUGGCCCUAAGGAAGCACCAGUCUUUGGGGAGGGAUCCCAAACCUGACCCCUUCCAUAUUUUCUACUUGCAGAAGUGGAUCGCUGCUCACUUGCAAAUUCCUGGGUAAAGAAUAUGCAGGAGGUGCACACACACCAGUCUACUGUCUCUUGGGAUUUGGGAGUUCUGCUUUUCUUUGUCCCAACUGACUAAGCUGAUGGACUACCACCCAUGGUUGGGCCAGAUAGCCCAGAAGGUUGAAGGAAGGCAGACAGAGAAAAAUAGAAGCAAUACAGUUAACAAGAUGGAGGGGUUGGUUUGGCUAGUACACUUACCUUCUCUCUCAUGGAGCAGGCUACAACCUGUGUCAUCAAGCUGGACUUCAUGGUCGUUGUAACUUUCACAAUAUGUCUGCCAGUGGCUUCAUGUACAAAUUUAACAGGAUACAAUGACAAGAUUGCACUUUGUGUGAUUCUUUGGGGAAGGAAAUUGUGAGGAAUUACAGAGGGCUGCUGUCCAGGAUCUCUUUACCAUAGCAAUGUCACAUUUGGAAUACUGUGUAUAGUUAUAUUUGUUCAGUUGCAUCUCUAAGAAUUACCAUAGAAUUUGAAAAUGUGCAAGUAAUAAGAAACACCAAGUAUAUAAAGCUAUAUCUUCUGAUGGCUGUGCAAAAAUGUUGAGACAACUUGCUACUUAAAACCCAUCAAUGAAGAAGACAGACAAAUCCAACAUGGGAGUUCUGUAAUCUCUUCACUCCUGCUGAAAACCCCCAGUCCUGUGUAAAUUGUCCACUACACCUCAGAUAAUGAAAGGGAAAGAAGCAGGGCCUCUGAAUAUUCUCUGAGUUGAAUGAGUAGGUUCAUCACUAGUUUAUUCUGCAUAGUAACUAAGGCUGCAGUUCUCCACGGUUAGUCAAAGUAAGCCCCAUUGAAUUCCAUGGGACUUUCUUCUGAGUAGCAUACAUGGAAUAGUAGUAUAGGAUUGCACUAUAAACUUUGGUACUCAUGCUCAUUUUAGACAUUGAAGAAAACAUAACCAAGCUUGUAAUUUAUAAAAAAGCAGUAGCUACCACUCAGAGUGGCCAUCUUUAAUACUUAAAGAUUAUAGUAAUAGACCAGAACAAGAACCAUAUGAUAAAAGAAACAAGUAUUUUUAAAUCUCAGCCACACUAAUUAAAAUUUGCCCUUCUUGAUUAAAAUUGAGUUACACUUAUUAAUCUGCUAAUCAAGCUGAUUAACAAUGGAAUCCUAUACACUUUUUCCUGAAGUAAGCACCGUUUAAUUCAGUGGGACUUACUUCUGAGUAUACUCUGCUUAGGGCUGCAGUGUCAGUCCUAUUGGAUGCACUACAACUUCUGUGUAAAUGCAGGCUAGCACUACAUAACUUGGAGCACUAAUUUUUGUGGGGAGACACCUAAAUUAAUUUUAAAAUAAAACACAAUCCUUCCCCCCUUAUAUCUUUGUGUGCAUUUUGUUUCUGUUAAAAAUGCUGUGAACCUUCGUCAGUAUUAAUUGAUUGGAAAUGUGUUACCUUCUGCAUGAAAUGGGCAAUUAUAUGGUAGAUAUAAAUGAAUGGCUAAGAAAAACCUGAGUAUAAUGUACUGAAAUUCAUUAAUUUGUUUUAGGUGUUUUAUGAAACAGUGGCAUAAACAACCUGUGAAAAAAUGGGGGAAUCUCAUAUAUUUUUACUAUGUGUCUUUACACAAUAGAAUGAGUACUAGUUAAUAUAGUGGAAGGGCAUGCAGUGGAACCUGACAAUUGAGUUUUAUCAAGAAAUUCAAAUAUAUCAGAGAGAUUGCAAUUUCUUACUUAUAUUAUAUAAAAAGUUAAAGAAAACCUUGUAGUGAAUUUCAUUAGAAUUUCAUUAUUAGACUUUAAUUUGGAUAUAUUCCUUUUAUCACAACAGUAUUCACACAGGAUGAAUAGAUUAAUUUUACAGUGCAGUUAUCUGACAACAAAAUAAAUGUCCUCCUGACUUUUAGAACUAUGUCAAUCCUUGUUCUCAGUUUAUAAUCCCUCAGCAAGAACAAGCAAGGUGAAUUAUGCUUUAUCUUUCAUCAACACAAGGUUUCAGACAGUAUCUGGAUGAUUUAUGAAGAUUUACUAAGAUUAGUCUGUGAAUUUUUAAGCUUGAUUUCUUUUUAGGACUCCAGAAUAGGAGAAUUUGAAAACCAGAAUUGGAAAUUUUACACUUUUAUAUGAAACUGCAGCCAUAUUAUUUGAUCAUUUAUCUGGUGUUAAAAUGGUCCUGAAAAUAAGUUUUAUUGUGGCAAUCUAACCUCCAGAAUAUCGCCUUGCCUGCCUGGGUGUUCCUAAAGGCCUGUUCAUGUACUACUUUGUUCCUGGUGAAUCUGCCUGGCAUGUUAAAAUAUAUCACCUUGGUAAAUGGACAUCAGAAAGACAAUAUAUAGUGCAUUUUCAAGGCAAAAGCACUGCUAUGCUUUCCUGCUUGGUUCCACAGUGUGCCAACAUAUACAUGGCUCUUCUAGAACAAUGCUUCCUCUGCUCCUAUCCACAAAGAUAUCUCAUCUAUCUAAGAUUGAUGACAUUAUCUAGGCCACAGGUAGGAAGGUCUUGAGAAAGUCCCCUGGGACUUCCAACAAUAUUCAACCCAGCAUCACUCUGAGCUUGGACCAGUCCAUACAGCAGAUUCACAUUCUGCAUACUUCUAUGCAACCACACAAUGGUUAUUGGGAACUAGGGAUAGAGGAGAAACUGAUUCAGUUUGCAUUUAAAAGUGAACCUACCUAAUUUGUACUUUCUGAAAGAACCGAAACAUGACCUCAAUCAAAAUUCACACUGAAUUUUGCAAUGUUGUUCUUCAGCCAGGUAAUAUGAGUGAAAACAAUGUACAAAAAAGCAUUAUAUUACAGGAAUUUGUUUUGGGGAAAAAAGUAUAUUAGGUAGAGGUAAGGGUAAAGGACCCCUGGAUGGUUGAGUCCAGUCAAACUUGACUGUGGGAUGCAGCAUUCACCUCGCUUCAGCCUGAGAGAGCCGGCGUUUGUCUGCAGAAUUCAUACAAACAUAUUGUGUUAAGAGAAAUUUGCACUAAAUUGCUUGUUGUUAUUAUAAUAUUUAUUUAUAUCCCGACUUUCCCCUUCAAUUUAAGAUUUGAAAAAUUAGAAAUUGAGCGGAACUAAAAUGGACAGAUUCACCCAUCCCUACUGCGUACAAGACAUUAAAAAAUAACUAUCUUGCAACUAGGCAAGCAGCUCACACAGCCUUUCCUUGAUUCUUACAUGUCCACAAGCAGAGCUAGAACAAAUCAGAGCCACAAAGAGUUGGAUUAGAUCACACCAAGAGCCAGCUCACCAAUAACUAAGGGUGAGACAGCUGCCUUAAGCGGUACCUGAAAGAACUGGCACAGAGGAGGAAGAGGAAGCUGCUGCAGUGCUGCUGCUUUACAUGGCAGGGUUGCCAUAACUGCAUAAAGCAGUGGCAGCAAGGCAGUGGCUUCUCUUUCUCUUCUUCUCCUCCAGAUGCAACACCUCUCUGGGUGGCUUCACAGCCUAUUAUGAGAGCUUAUUUGCUGAGUGCCUAGAUAGCAGCAAGCCUAUAGGAAAGCAGCAUGCUACUGCCCCUCUGCUGCUGCCACUUUACACAGCGACUACAGCGACUAUGCCGUGUGAAGCAGCAGAAGUGGGGUAGCAUCUUCCUCUUCCACCUUGUCACCACCUUCUUCUCCCUUGGCCAUGCAUUCCCUCAAGAUGGGUCCCCCCCCCCAUUUAAUCCUCACAACAAUUCUGUGAAGUAGGCUUAGGCAGAGAGAAAAAGCUUCAUGGCUGAGUGGGAAUUUGAAUUCUGGCUUCCUGGGCCCAAAUCCAUCACGCUAACUACUACACCAUACUGGCUCUUCAGUGGCCUGUCAUCCUUGACCAUUGGUCAUGCUGGCUGGGGGGUGGUGAGUGCUUGGUGCUGUACAACCAUGUGAAUGUUUUUUGUUCUGUAUUAUAAUUGCUACCAAGUGCUCAGUGCUGUAGAAAUUCAAAAUAUUACUAUCAUUAUCAUCAUUGCUGGUGAGUGCUUGGUGCUGUAUGAACAUGCAAAAUGUGCUAGUAGCGUAGCAUAGCAGGGAGGGCGCAUUCUGUGGUUCGCCUCAGGUGCCAAACUGUAUUGGGCUUGCCUUGACCACACCAGACAAGUAUCAGAGGAAAAUGGGCCCCUUAAAGGCACAUUUGAUAUACCACAAGUAUCCACCAAAUAAACUGAACAUGUUGAUUGACAGGCCCAGACUGGCACCCAGGAACUAUCUACCGCAACAGGGGUUUUUAACCUGUGGUCCAUGGACCUCAUAAAAUUUAUACACCAUUUGAUUAUAGAAAACCUCAAAGUGGUUUACAAAAAAGGUAAAUCUAUAGAAUAAGAAAAAAUUUACAAUACAAGAAGUUAAAAUACCAAAGCAGUUUAAAAUUCACACUAGCUUUUAUGAGCAUCUGGAUAGGCUUGACUAAACAAAUUACCGGACCUAAUAACAUCAUACACUGGCUUAUCUUCCAGUGCAAUAUAUACCCUCAUCUGAAAGCAGUACCAUUCUGCUUUCUACAUAGAACAAAGUGGUCAAUCUUUAUGCUAAAAAGACCAGUUCAAACCAAAGUUCAAAGAGGAUAGAAGUGAAAAGAGCUGUGAAGAAGAAACCGCAGGAAAUUAGUAAAAAAUUGUUUGAGAGGCACAGGGGAAGAGGAAACUAUCCAGUAGAUAGCAGCUGGAUUUCUGAUGGGCAGUUUCCGAAGGCAUGGGGGAGCCUUUAGAAGAAAAAGGGGAAAGGAGAUUUAGAGGGAUUGUGUGUGUUUUAUCUGCUGAAUUUCCUCUUUUUCUUUUGCAACCUUUAAGACCAGGCUUGCCCAUUGACCUGAACUCCCACAGGCACACCACUAUGCCUGGCCUCAAUUCUAUAUAAUUUUAGACAAUUGGUUAAAAUGCACCUGUUUUGGCAGGCUUUUGGAGAAGAGACAUGAUUAGAUAAAUUGAUUGUCACUGCUGUUAUUAAUAAAUUGUUAUGUGUUGCUAUAAUUGGUGGUGGUGUUUUCAUGGGGUUUACUUUUUGUUUUUAUCUUGUCCGAUUUUGUUGUAAGCCACCCUGUAAAGGGAGGGGAAUGAAUGAGAAAGAAAGAAAGAAAGAAAGAAAGAAAGAAGGAAAGAUCUUAAGUUUUAGAUGAGGGAAAUCUGGUGGAAAUAUCUUUUGUCCUCAUUUGACAAUGGAAAAUAUGAUUUUGGACUGCACUGCUCUACAAGAUUCACCUAGUAAUAUACAGUACCUUUACGUUUUCGAGAGAUCAGCAGGAUAUAAUGUCAUGUGCCUAAUUUAGGACCGCUGCCAUAAACACUAAAGCAAUUAUGUCAAGAAAUUAGGAUGUAUAAACUGUGUUCUGCUGCUGUUAUCAAAGAUGAGAAAUUCCAACACUCAUUCCUAUAAAAAAAUAUAAAUGUAAAUAGUUGUUCAUCUAUUUUAUUUGGCUUAGGUAACAUCAAUGUAUAGUUUGUUGUUUAUGGUAAGAUCCUGCAGAUGUAAUAAAAUGACUGAUUGAGAGUUGCUGUACUUUCUAUUUAAUGACACUAUUAACUUUCCUUGGUAAUCAGUUUUAGCACAACAAAAGAAUAGCCAUUUCUCAUUUGUGGUGUGCAGUUCCAAAUUUCUUCCCUUGAGUAUGAUUUUUGUUGUGGGGAUAUUUUUUUCUACCAGAGAAUAGCCUGUUACUGGAUUUUAUUGUUUUUAUUUGCUGUAAGCUUCCCUAAGUGAAGCAAAUUCAUUGGAAGGGCAGGAGUGUAAUAAUAAAGUGCUGCUGUCACUUCAUGUGUUUCCCUCUCCUGUUUUCCUAAUAACAACGUGUAGUUUAACACAACAUGCUAUGGGUGGGAUUCCAUUUGCACACUGCGGCUUAGCCACCCCCCUGCACCCCUGAAAUUGGCUCUGGGGAGGUCAGGAGAGCCCACAGAACAGGUGGGGAGAUCGGGGAUUGUUCCAUCUGGCAAUCUGAAGAGUAUGAUGUUGAAUUACACCCUAUAUGCUUCUGUACCUUGAAUAUCAACAGCUGGUGAUGGGAUGUGGGCAUGGUGAAACACACAGCAAAAUGUAUGUGGUGCUACAGUAGAUGAGAUGUUAGACAGGAAAGAGACAUAGUGGUGGCAGUUCCAUGUCUCUCUUAAUGUGACUUUGAGUUCCACCCUGUGUUAUAUAUUCUCUAGUGUCCCAUAGUCUGGGUUACCAGCAGUGUUUUCCACAAAGUGACAAUGGGAUCAGAAAUUAAAAUGUUUUCCUUACUGUACUGAUUCUUAUGACAGUGCUCCCCCGCCUCAUUCAGAAUUAUUUUCUAAAUAAUGAUUCUUAAUGAUUGUAGAAAUAGAGCAAGAAAAUGAAUGUGUGUGUAUGAGUCAAAGACAAUGUCUGUGUGCAAUGACAUGUUCCCUAUUACCAUUGUUGUGUACCAAGAAAUAGUUAAUAAGCUGGAAGAUCACCAGGCUGUCACUAGGCAGCUUAACUAGAUGAAUCUUGCCCUUUAAUGAAGGCUCUAAAAGUGCUUCUUUCUUGAGGAUAUACCAGAUAGGGGUGCAAGAUUACAACCUGCAGAAUGAUGCAGUGGAAAAUCGUGCAGCUCAUGUACCUCUCAUCUGAUUUUUCACCUGGCUCCUCUUCCCUUGCCUGCCAUUGAAUAAUAUUAAAGUUCCAUUUUCUAAGUAGGAGAAGGACAGGAGGAAGGUGUAUAAGAGGACUGGAGAAGGAAAGGCAAGAAGGGAUGGUGGCUGCACAAUCUCCCACAGCCUUGUUUGUUUGUUUGCUUGCUUUAAUCAUCUUGCUUUAAUUUGCAUUUUGUUAGAUUCUUUGUCCUUCCUCACUUUUGGGGCAUCAGGGGCUGUCACAGCUGCAGUAAAGAAACUGAGAUGGGAGAAUAUAUUUUCCAAUAAAACAUGGCAAACAUGAGUUUACAAGCUUGUGUUUUCUGCAGUAUUGUGAAUGUGGUAACAGAUGGGGUUUUUAUAGGGGAGAAUUAGCUGUUGGGCUGGCAUCAGGGGUUGGUAUAAUAGGGUAUGUACUAAGGCUCACACCCCAGUAGAGGGCCCACUACCAAUCCUUGGUGUCUGGUAGGGACACUGCUUCUCCUUGAUGCUUUCCUGUCCUUAGUAAAUGAGCCCACUGUGAGAAUAAUGAGAAGAAGCAGUACACUGUAUCUGCUUUAUUCCCUCUUCCUUCAGGAAGUGGUGCUGAUUUGAGCCCAGAAGGAGAGGCAGUAGCAACAGCAGAGAGGAGGUAGACCCAUUGAGACCAUUGUGCCCAAAUGGGGAACCAGCCCUGGCAGAAGGAAGUGGUGUUGUUAAAGGAAGUCUCAGUGGGUGGGUAUUACAUUACACCCAAGGUCUAAUGGGGAUUUGAGUAGUCACAAAACAAUUUCCUCUCAUGUCACUUUGGUUAGUGACCCUGGGUAUUUUUUUAUUCAGAAAUGUGCAAUGGUUGACUUGCUUGACUCAUUCUAUCUUAUUUUUUCUUCAAACACCACUAGUAUGUUGCAUCUUGUUCACUGAACUUCUCUCCUGCUAUUUGCUUGUGGCAAAUUGUGGUUUAUCAUGCAUUUAAUCUGUAGGGAAUUAUGUCCAGGGGAUCUUGCCUUAGAGGAACUGGACAAGAGGACUUUUCUUUGCCGCUAUGAUUCUAAUCACUUACCCUAUUGCCUUUUGUAGCUACAGUCAAAUAUUUAACUAAAAUGUAAGAAAGCUGCAAUGUUAAAAAUAACAUUUUAAACUGAAGGAGAGGGAAAUGGGCCCUUUUUGUGUAAUAGUAUAUAAGCCAUCUCCUUGAUAAUAUAUUACCAGUGCUUAUUUCUAUGCCACCUUGCUCUGACUGCUUGACCUUUUUUGUUUUAUGUAUAAUAUACAGCUUUUCUUCAAAUAAUUAAUCUUGCCCAAAGGCUAUAAACAGACCAUCUGCCUAAGUACUUAAAACUAGGUCAUAUAUUCUGGUUAUAUUUUAAUUAUAGGGGUUAGUUCAUUUCUGUUGGUCUUUUUUCUUUUAUUCUUAGCUGAGCCACACAGAUUAUUAUUCACCUGAGCUAAGGAUUUAACUGCUCACAAAUUUUCUCUCAUUAGUCAGUCAUCUUAGCCAGUUGCAAUUAGUUUUCCAGUCUAUAUUUAGAUACUAUUAGCACUGCAGGCAGGGAAAAAGAAGAAAAGAAAAUGAAAAAUAAAGCUGUCGGAGCCUAAUGACCUGGUUCCCUCUUCCUUCUUUUUUCCAUUUUUCAAAUAUGUCAAAUUUGCCGGAAAAAUCUGAAGCCUCCUAUAUUAAAUACCUUCUGGAGGAUAGGUCAAAUGAUAUUACACUCACUGUGGCAGUUUCCUUUGGAGGUUGCAAGAAACAAAGACCAUCAUGCUCUAAGCAUAACAAAAUGACUACCUCGGUCUCUUUCACCUGUUGUUUGGUUGUUUUAACUGUAUUGUGUUUUGAAACUGUUUUGUGGGUCUAUGGACCACAAUAAAGAGAGAGGUAUAUAAUAUGUCUAAUUUCCUGCUCUGUAUGUGCAUGAGUGCGUGUAUGCAUGCAUGUGGACCAUAUCCACCCAAGGAGAGGAACAAAACUCAACAAUAAAAACACAGUAACAAAAUAUUAAAAUUAAAACAAGUACAAACAUUCAGCAAUAUAUUAAAACAUAAUUCAGUAAGUUAUAUUCAGCUAGAAUAAAAAAUAACUUUUAUAUCUACAGUAAUGAUACAUAAUUAAAACAACAGCAUGACCAAUAAAACACAUCAGUUAAAAUCUGUUUGAAAGGUGGUUUUAAAAAGUCUAAAACUAACUAAAUGUAAAGACAGUCCAUUAAUUAGGGCCUUCAAUACUAAUCUUAAAAACAAGGCCAGCCCAAGCCAUUUGGCACCUGUGGCGGACCCCAAAAUGGCACCCCCUUCUAUGCCAGGGUGAGAGACAAUCUACAUCAGGGACAAGGGGGAAGAAAGAUUGAGAUCAGGAUCUGCUGCCCUGUGGAUCAUGCUGCCUGAGGUGGUUGCCUCACCUGGCCUCAUGGGUGGGCCAUCCCUGUUUAAAGCACAGGUAUAGAAAAAGAUGGUUAGACAUAUUAGCUGUAACACCUUUGAAUGAAAGAUCAGAACUGUAUUUCUUUUUUAUAUAAAGUUUUGUUGCAUUCAGAGUGCUGAACAGCUGUUUUAAAUUUUAAUAACAACUUUCCCCUAUGUUUCUUUUUUCCAAGUCUUGCUUUGCAUCCUGAACGAGUAUUGGUGGCAACAGGUCAAGUUGGGAAAGAACCGUAUAUCUGUGUUUGGGACUCGUACACUGUGCAGACAAUAUCAGUAAUGAAAGAUGUUCAUACACAUGGUAUAGCUUGCUUGGCAUUUGACGUAGAUGGUCAGGUAUGUGUAUGUGUUUAGUUUUCUGGUUUAAUGAGUGCAUGAUAUGUAUCAUUGUGCUAUAAAUUCUGCUGUACAAACUGAGUUUGGGAGACAAAUUAAAUGAAAUGUUCAUUUUUUUAAAACUUACUUUUAUAGAUGUUUAAAAAUAUGGACAUGAGACAAAUUAAGGCACAUUUACACAGCUAAAAUGGGUCCUGCGUCAUUCUAAAAAACAGGCAGCAAAGUUAUUGCAUGUCAGUGACCUGGUAAGCCAACCUAUGGCUUACUGCAGUAGUGGUUAGUGGCGUGGUACAAGUGGUACAGCAUUGCUCGCCUGCUUUCUGCUGUGCUGUAGAGUUCAUUUUUGUGUUUUCAGAAUUAACUUUGUAAGUAUACUGAUCACCCAGGGCCAUGCAAAUGCACCCUGAAGCUUCUGAAAGAAUACACAUUAUGGUACGUUUUCUGCAGUCAACAAAAUCUAGCUGGGGAAAAAAGAGGUUUCAGUCCUCUUUUACAUAACUGUAUAACUGAUGACAGAAUGGCCGCUAGGAUGUCCUUGCAAACAGAUUGGAAUAAGUGUGUGAAUUCUAGUUAUUAUUUUUUUCGGUCUGUUUGCCCACACAAAUUCAUGUUAGUCAUUUGUAGCAUAUUGACAGCUUGAAAAGAAAUGGAGGAAACCGUUGGCAGUUUACAAAAACUUUCCUGCCUGGCCACAUGCAAUAAAUUCUUACUCAACUUAGGCAAGCACACAAAUGACUUUCUACAAACUUACGUAAUUUAAAGUUCACAAUAUUUGGGAGUUUAUGACAGGGUUAUUAAUUGAUAGGUUUUUACUGAGACUCUUGCUUUUAUAUGAAAGAAACAUUAACCUUAUGGAUGGUUAGUCACCUAUCACUGACAUUCAGUGGUCACUGGGAAACACAUAUAAAAGUCAAUGUGCACUUGAAACCCUGCCAGGGUAGGAUAGGGAGUGAAAUGAAAGGAAGAUGGUUUUAAAUAAAAAAUGGCAAGCAGAAGAAGGGUCAAGCACACCCUCACACAUUUCACACACCAUUUUUUGAUUCCCUCACCCCAAAGUGGCUUUUCAUAUUCUUUUCUUUGUGAUGCUGUUAGACAUUUGUUACUGUUACAGUGCAAUAUUUUUCAUUUGAGACACACCUCUAACUAUCAAGAGCAUUUUGUACAGCUUGUUUAAUGUGUUUCUGGUAGGGGUGACUAAACUUUGUUCCCCCCGAUGUUGCUAGACUAAAGCUCCUAACAUCUCUAACUAUUGGCCAUACUUCCUGGAGCUAAGAGAGUUUGGAUCUAACAAAAUCUGGAGGACCACAGAUUAGCCACACCAUAAUAAUAAUAAUAAUAAUAAGCCUAUAAGCUUUGUUUUGAAAGGCAGUCCUUAAAGCAAUCAUUGAAAUGUAUGUAAACAUUAUUUUCCCUUUGUGAACUGAGAAUCAGAUGCAGAAAAGACAGCUGCUAUUUCUGUUACUCCCUUUGGGCAAUAAAUGUAAACAGUUUCACCAGGUACCUCCUAUCUUGGAGGCCUAAACUUGUGACAUGUAGUGUCAUUACUUGGGGCAGAAGUGUGAGAUGGAGCUCCAGUCAGAAGAUAGAAUCAGUGCAUAGAGGUUGGAACAGGACCAGUAUGUGCAAUCUUGUCCCUCCCCUGCCCACAGGCAUGAUUCUGCAUAGCAUCUCAUCUACUGAUCUGUUUGUGGUGCAGGAUUCUGCAUAGCAUCUCAUCUGCUGAUCUGUGUGGUGCAGGUAAUGCUGCUAUUUAAUUGCUAUAGAGAAAAAUUGCCAAGAAGAGAUAAAAAUCAAGGAACUGGAUUAAGGGACAAAACCAAAAACAUUUUCUCAAUAGACCAUUUUGAAGAUAUCAGUAAGGUACAGUUAAAUUAUACACAGGAAGUCUUGUGUAUUUUCAGUGUUUGCAAACCUCUGAUUGAGGUGAAUGAGUACAAUCCUAAUUUUUAUAACUUCACUUGGCCCACUAAGAUCUUGCUGCUUAAGGACUCUGGUAUGGAUUUUCAAAGGCAAAAUUUCCCUAAAUUUGAGCAUCAGAAUAAUAAGUCUUGCUGAAGGAGAAAUAAAAUGUUUUUUUGAAAGUUAAGUUGCUCUCCAUGGGGUCACGAAGAGUCAGACACGACAACGACUAAACAACAACAAGUUGAUUGAAACUCUCACAGCAUGUUGAUAGGUGCAAUCCAAUAGACAUUGUAUAUUUGGACCUCUACAAACAUUUCAUCAAAGACUCCUGAAAAAACUUAGCAGAUGUGGGAUAAGAGGAUGGGUCCCAACAGUAACUGGCUAAAGAAUAGGGAACAGAGAAUAGGAACAGAUAGUUCUAAGAAUCAAAGGAAUAAGGUGUGAUCUGUUAUGUAUGUAGGCAUUGUAGGCUGAAGCCAGGCUAUAUGCAUGACAUUGCAGGCCUAGGUCACAAUGCUUCCUGGAGCUCAGGAGCUUGAUCUGCAUAACAAAAGACAGAGAGGAUUCUAAAACCCUCCAAUGACAUUUGCUGGGAGCUGGCAGGCAGCUGAGAUAGGGCCAGUGUUAUGAAUCGCCAGUCACAGCAUAAGAUGACCUUUCACAGGAGUGGAGUACCCCAGUUUGCCAUUCUUGUUCUUCUUGUUCCUGAUGUUACAAUAAAUCCUUUUGACCUGAAAUCUGGUCUUGGGUCAUGCCUAAACCCACCGACACUUCAUGAUCUGUAUUGAAACAGACACUUUUGAACUUGUUCAUAAAUGAGUUAGGAAUGAGCAGCAAGGUGACCAAUGGCGUCAAAUUAUUCAGGGUGAUAAAAACAAAAAGGAUUGCAAAGAGCCCCAGAAGGAUCUCUCCAAAAUGGAUUGAGUGAAAAAAACAUCCCAUAUGCACUGGCAGAAUUGGAACUGGUGGCAACUCACCAUAAAAAAAUAAACCAUGAGGUAAUGGUGGCUAGUGCAAUAAAAAAUCAGUCUAGCAGCAUGUGGCAGGGUGAAAAAGCAAGUUCCAUGAUAAGAAUUCUUAGAAAAGGAAUCACAAAAUAAAACUCCCUGUAUUUUAAUGCCAGGUGUGGGCACACUUGGAAUACUGUACAUAAUUAUGGUUUCCACAUUUCUAAAAGGAUAUUGUAGAGUAGAAAAUGUGUAGAAAAGGGUACCAAAAUGUUCCGGCUGCUUGAGCACCUUUCCUUCCAUUUGGGGCUUGUUAGAAUAGAAAAAGGGUAAAUAAGGGGGUGGGAUGUGGUUGAUGUUUUUGCAUGGUGUGCAGAGUUAGAGAAACCUUUCCUCCCUCAUAAUACUAGGCCUGAAGGCUAUCUAGUUAAACUGAUUGGCAGGAGAAGAAGGAAUAACAGUGGGAAAGGACUUUUGCCUUAAUGUCCACCUCGUGUGCUUUCCAGGUGCAACAAACUGACUACUGUGGGAUACAGAGAGCUGGACUCAAUGUUUCAUGGAACAGGGUUGUUAAAUUUGUAGGUGCAUGUGUGACAUUCUCUGAGAUCCUCUAUGCCAGUCCAGAUAUUUGGCUAUGGGUUAACCUAAACUGCAGAAUGGAUAGUACAAAAUAUUUUAAAGUGAUGUCUGAUGUCAUGUACUGUACAUAAAGGGCUUGCUUGCAUAGUAAGCUCAGAUGUUGUUGUCUGUAGAAUAAUGUAGAGAAAUGAAAGGGAGAUGCUUGGAAAUAUAUUAAAAGAAAUAAGAAUUAUUGGCACAAUUUUGAGUUUGCACAUCACUGCUGAUAAUUUGCAUAUAUGAAUAAUUGGUUGCAUUGAUUCAUGCCUUUCCAAACUACUAGGAACAUAAAUCUUUGAUAGAAAUUAGGAACAGCACACUGCACAGUACUGGAAGAUGCUAAUCCCAGUUUAGUGGUAUGGAAAGAUGCUUUGGAAGGUUGUCAGUUUCUGGACUGGCCUAGAGGAUCAAUAAGGAAAUGGGAUUAUUUUUUCUUUCCCUUAAUUUUUAUUCUUUUAGAUUCUCUAUGCCAGCCUCUAUAUAGAAUCAAUAUAACCUUUAUAGAAUUAAUUUAAAUUAAUUACAUAUAAAAUAUGUGAAGAUAAUUCAAUAAUAAGAUGUCAUGUUUCACAAGAAAUAUGGGCUGUUUUCAAAAUGUUGUGGGAGCUUACAGAAUUGGCAAGCCCUUUGUAUACAGGCAAUGAUAUUACCAAAAAGGAUUUGUGUACUGUUUCCAUCUGCUUGGCAGGGAGGAUCUAUAUACAAACAUUUGGACUGGCAUAGAAGUUCAUGAAGAAAUGAAACAAUGAGGUAAGGAAUUAUUUUCAUAGCCUGAAAAGGUAUGCUUUCUUCUACAAACUGCUGCGGGUUCAAACUGAUUUCAUCACCAAAUUUAGGCACGAGAUUAGGACAAAUAAAAUGCCAAGAAGCAAGGGAAUGUAAAACAGAACCAUGCCUGUUCUCAGUUGCCAGCAUGGUAUCAUCUAACUCCGCACUGUAAUGCGAGGGUAAUAAAAUAAAUCAAAACUAUCAGCAAAAAAUUACAUUAUGUUUAUCUUCAGAAAAAACUUUCCUGGUGGCGUCACAGCCUACAUUAGCCCAUUUUAUGGCAAUCCUAAAACGGACCUUUUCUGUAAUGGCACUGGCAUUGAGGAACAGACUUUCCUCUAGAACUGGGCAGACAUCUACAGUGGUCUGUUUUCACCACCAAUUAAAAACAUGCCUACAUGUCAAAGUACCAUACUAUUAUUAUUAUUAUUAUUAUUAUUAUUAUUAUUACUACUGCUGCUGCUGCUGCUGCAGCUACAUUUGUAUAUUGCCCUUCAUCUGAAGAUCACAGGGCAGUUUACAAUAUAAAAAACAAAAUAAAAACAAAAUACAUAACACAGUAAGGAAAAGAAACCCCACACAAACAUUUAAAAUGCCAUAGAUUGCUUAAUUAGCUGAGGGCUUGGGAAAAGAGGAACAUUCUUGACUGAUGCCUAAAAAUAUGUAAUGAAGGUGCCAGGUGAGCCUCCCUGGAGAGAGCAUUGCACAAACAGCCGCUGCAGAAAUUCAUUUUCUCUCUUUAUUACUGAAAAUGUUCUUUCUGUGCUUUAAAAUAUGCACUUUCUUUCUGUCAGAUAAUACAUUUGGGUAGGAUCCAAAGAACCCAUGCACAAGUGCUUCCAUCUAGAUUGCCAGCUUCCUGAAAACCAUGGUUUGCAUCCCAGAAGCCAACCUCAGGAACUUGCAAUCCCCUCCUCCUUCCUUUCUUCCUCUCUAGAGCAAAUUCACUAUCCUGAGCCUCAUUUGCUUUAACUGUGGUAUUGUGCUAUAUCUGCAUCAGUGCUAACACUGGUUAAUGCUCAUUCCAUAUUUAGGCUUUCAAACAUUUUUCUAAUCCUGUUGAACCUGUUACUGGUUCUUUUCUUCUCAACUUCUUGUUUUUAUCAGAUUUAUUAUUUUUAUCAGUUCAUUUAUUAUUAAUGAACUCCUUGUUAAGAAGAAUGGCAGAUGUGGAGAGGAAGCUCUGUAGCCCAAAUACAACAACCCUAUGGCCCUUUGGAUCCUAGCCUCUGUCUUUAGGAAGUUUGUAGUAUCUGGCUCACUUUUUCAAAUAUGUGUGUCAUUAGAUUAUCAUUUGGUUGAGUUCUCCCACUCACAAAGUACAGAGCACAUUGUUAUUUUAAAUUAAUAUCUUCUUUUAUUCUCUUCUAACAUUUUGGAAACGUUCAGCGUUUACUUUCUGUUGGUUUGGAUUCAAAAAAUACAAUCUGUGUGUGGGAUUGGAGAAAAGGAAAGAUGUUGUCUAUGGCUCCUGGUCAUACAGACAGGGUAAGUUUAAUUUUAAAAAUAAGAGUGUGUAUCAAAUUUUGGGUUGUCAAAACUUUUGCAUGUAUUUUAGGAAUCUGUUUUCUGGGUGUUUCUUUAUAUUGGUUAGAACAUAUUUUGAUGACUAUGCUAGAACACAGAGGGUGGUUUUUUGUGUUUUUUUAAAGUGAAAUGGCAAAUUGAGUUUGCUGCUCAAAACAUAUUGGUAUUCUUGGAAUAAAGUAAAUAAGUAGCACCUUAAUAUUUCAUCAUAGCAUUUUUGUAAUGUUAUAUACUUGUACCCCUUGCUUCUUUAUUUGUUUACACACACACACACACACACGCCUGGUUUGGGAUGUCUCAACCCAGUGAUCCCAUGCGCCGACACAAAUCUUAUAGGCCUGCUUUGGAAGUACAACCACCAGUUUGCUAAAACUUAGAUUAGCAAUCUGGGAAUGGGCACCAGGCCUGUGCCGGCACCCCAUGCUCCUUUAUUCAUGAGCAUGACAAUCCUGGUUAGCUUAAACUACAGUUCGCUGUUACAUCCAAAACAAGGAACUUGGAUUUCAUGUCAGUUUUCUAACUAGGCUCUUAAAUGACAUUCAGUCUGUGAUUAUUCAUCUCUAGCUUUGCAGAUUUAAGAGUAUAAGAGAUUCAUUUGUCAGUCAGAUGAAGGUCUACUCAAUCCAGUGUUCUGUUUCCAAUAGUAGUCAGCCAGAUGCUUCUCAGCGCUCACAAUUAAGUUGUGAAGGUGAUUCUAACAUCAAUUUGUAUUAAGAAAUAUACAAUGCUCAGUACCUGAAAUUUCAUUUAGUUAUAGCGAAUACCUGAAUUAAUCGUCUUAGAUAUACAUUUUAUUUUUAUUACGACGUUUAAAGUACUGGUGGCAUGAAGCAAGUUUGCCUAUUUACAUUACAAUUAUGUCUCACAGAUAUGUUAGUCUGUGAUGUUAGUUACGCUGAAAGACAGUGACUUGCCCAAGAUGACAUAGUGAAUUUCAUGGCAGAGUCCAAAUUUAAGCAAGACCAUGCCAUGUCUUACUGGGCACAGAAACCAUGGGAGCAACUCGGGAGACAAUUAUUAAAUUAUUAAAUAAAAGUAUACAUUAGUAUACUUCAUGUUAAUAUAUUAUUAAUUACCUUAAGAUGAUCAGUUACCACUGAAAAUAAUGUAAAAGCUUUAACAUUACACAGGUCGUUGGAAACCUAUGGUGAAAUUAGAUAUAAUGAUCACCUUUCUCUGUUCAUCGAUAUUUUCAGAUUAAAUGAAAUACAUUUUCAAAACUUAUGUUUAUUUUCUUCUCUCCCUCCUGUAGAUAUUUGAUAUUUCUUGGGACUUGUACCAACCAAACAAACUUGUCAGCUGUGGUGUAAAACACAUUAAGGUAAGACAAUAUGUUUUGUCUGAAUGGUAUUCAACUGUUUUAUUCAGAGUUCACCUAUUAAAAAUAUUGGACCAAACUUAGUUAUAUUCCUUAAUUUCAGUAGGUCUGCUCUGAGUGAAACCUAGUUGACUAUUGCCCUAUAUCAGGCGCAGGCAAACUCGGCCCUCCAGAUGUUUUGGGACUACAACUCCCAUCAUCCCUAGCUAACAGGACCAGUGGUCAGGGAUGAUGGGAAUUGUAGUCCCAAAAUAUCUGCAGGGCCGAGUUUGCCUAUGCCUGCCCUAUAUGUUUUAUUAAUUUUUCAAACAACUUUGUAAAUUGAAUAGCAAUUUCAGUGAACAGUUAUUAGCUCAUUAACAUGUCAGUCUAUGAUUAUUUUGGGUUUUCCAUAAAAUUCUGAACCGGAAAUUUCUCAUCAUACCCCAGCAUUUGACGAAUCAUACCAAUAAGCUACUGACUAAAUGCUGGAAGAUCUACAUGUAUGCCAAGUUUUCAGUGCAGAAAAAGUCUCAGUGGAUUCAACAAGCCAGAAUUGGGGGAAAAUAUUCAAGGCCACUGCUGUCACCUGGCUGGUCCAGGAGAACUCUCAAACAGUUCUCCUGCUGUCCAGGAGAACUCUCAAACAGUAAAUCUGUGGCAACUUCAGCCAGAAGAGGUUGAAACCUAAUCCAAGAUCAUUGGAACCCCCAAGCAAUAUUACCCUCAUCUUUUCUGGAUUAAGAUUCAAAUUUGGUUCAUCCUGUCUAAAACUUCUGCCAAUCGCUGACUCUGAUCUUCCACUGCCUCCCCAGGAUUGGUAGAUGGAAAUGAGAGAGGGCUGGGUGCCAUCUGUGCCCUGAUACCCUAUCAAAAAUUUCUGGAUGGGAAUGGAUUAUGUCCAUUUUCUGGCAUGGUUUGAAUUGACAGCAGGGCUCACUGUUUGCAGCAGCCAGCUGAUCAAUGCUGAUAGCAAGCCCCUUUGAUUGACAGAUGGGUGGCCCCUGUCAAAAUGGCCCAUGGGGUUUGUGGAAGGUAGGGAUUCAGGCUCUUGGUUGGAAAAGGUUCCCUACACCUGUCAUAAAACAAGCCCACAGGGCAGAGCUGCAGUCUCUCAAAAUCACUUUCUGGAUCUUCUCCACCCCCAGGUACGACUGGAGCCACCUCAGAACUUUUCCUCCAGUCCCAUCCUGGCAAAGCAGUCCAGAAAGUUACUUCAGCUGAUGUAUCAAAAUCUUCAGAAAGAUCCAGGAGAAUGAAUAGGGCUGUACUUCCCCUGCCUAUCCCUUGACAAAGUGAUUAAGGGUGUUUUAUUUCCUAAACCAGAUUGAAAACCAAACUGAAAAGGAUCCAUAUAUUAUUGUGGAGAUGUAGUUUAAGUUUUCUAGGUGAAAAGGCUUUUAUUGGGCUAUGGAUAACUUGCAGAAAUACCAUACUUGUGAGAGCCAGUAAAAUGCUAUGAUUUUAGGAAGUUUGUCAAGGGGCCAAAACAGUAGAAUAUUUCAACUAUUUGAGAGAAUACUGUUUUGAAAUAGUAAUAUAACUAGAAAUGCUAAGAAGAGUUAAUCUGAUAAGCACUGGAAAGUUUUUAAAAGUGUAAAAUUGUCACAAAAAAACACUUUUAUAGUGUAUGUUCUUCUGGUACUUACAAAUUAGUCAAAAAUUGGUAUGCUAACUAAGUUCCCCUUCAUGGAUCACUGCCUUGCCGUGGCGAAGGGGCUUGAAGAACUCAGAGAAGCUAUGAACUAUGCCGAGCAGGGCACCCAAGAUGAACAGGUCAUAGUGAAGAGUUUUGACCAAACGUGAUCCACCUGGAGGAGGAACUGGCAAGCCACUCCAGUAUCCCUGCCAAGAAAACUCCAUGGACAAAGACAACAGGCAUAUAAAAGUUAUGACGCUGGAAGAUGAGCACCUCAGUUCGGAAGGCGUCCAACAUGCUACUGGGGAAGAGCGGAGGACAAGUACAAGUAGAUCCAGAGCUGAUGAAGCGGCUGGGCCAAAGCCGAAAGGAGGCUCAGUUGUGGAUAUGCCUGGAAGCGAAAGGAAAGUCCAAUGCUGUAAAGAAAAAUAUUGCAUAGGAACCUGGAAUGUAAGAACCAUGAACCUGGGUAAGUUGGAUGUGGUCAAAAAUGAGAUGGCAAGAAUAAAUAUUGACAUCCUGGGCAUCAGUGAACUAAAAUGGACGGGAAUGGGCGAAUUCAGUUCGGAUGACUAUCAUAUCUACUACUGUGAGCAAGAAACCCACAAAAGAAAUGGAGUGGACCUCAUAGUCAACAAAAGCUGUACUGGGAUGCAAUCUCAAAAAUGAUAGAAUGAUCUCGAUACGAAUCCAAGGGAGACCUUUUAACAUCACAGUAAUCCAAGUUUAUGCACCAACUACUGGUGCUGAAGAAACUGAAAUUGACCAGUUCUAUUAAGACUUACAACACCUUAUAGAAGUGACACCAAAGAAGGAUGUUCUUCUCAUUAUAGGGGAUUGGAAUGCUAAAGUAGGGAAUCAAGAGAUAAAAGGAACAACUGGCAAGUUUGGCCUUGGAGAUCAAAAUGAAGCAGGGCAAAGGCUAAUAGAGUUCUGUCAAGAGAACAAGCUGGUCAUCACAAACACGCUUUCCCAACAACACAAGAGACGACUCUACACAUGGACAUCACCAGAUGGGCAGCAUCGAAAUCAGAUUGAUUAUAUUCUCUGCAGCCAAAGAUGGAGAAGCUCUAUACAGUCAGCAAAAACAAGACCUGGAGCUGACUGUGGCUCAGAUCAUCAGCUUCUUAUAGCAAAAUUCAAGCUUAAACUGAAGAAAGUAGGAAAAACCACUGGGCUGGUAAAAUACAAUCUAGAUCAAAUCCCUUAUGAAUACACAGUGGAAGUGAGGAACAGGUUUAAGGACUUAGAUUUGCUGGACAGAGUGCCUGAAGAACUAUGGAUAGAGGCUCGCAACAUUAUACAGGAGGCAGCAACUAAAACCAUCCCAAUUAAAAGGAAAUGCAAGAAAGCAAAGUGGCUGUCCCAUGAGGCCUUACAAAUAGCGGGGGAGAGAAGGCAAGCAAAAUGUGAGGGAGAUAGAGAAAGAUACAGGAAAUUGAAUGCAGAUUUCCAAAAAAUAGCAAGGAGAGACAAGAAGGUCUUCUUAAAUGAGAAAUGCAAAGAAAUAGAGGAAAACAACAGAAUGGGAAGAACCAGAGAUCUGUUCAAGAAAAUUGGAGAUAUGAAGGGAACAUUUCGUUCAAAGAUUACCAUAACAAAGCACAAAAGUGGUAAGGACCUAACAGAAGCAGAAGACAUCAAGAAGAGGUGGCAAGAAUACACAGAAGAAUUAUACCAGAAAGAUAUGGAUGUCUCGUAUACCCCAGGUAGUGUGGUUGCUGACCUUGAGCCAGACAUCCUGGAGAGUGAAGUCAAAUGGGCCUUAGAAAGCACUGCUAAUAACAAGGCCAGUGGAAGUGAUGGUAUUCCAGCUGAACUAUUUAAAAUUUUAAAAGAUGAUGCUGUUAAGGUGCUACACUCAAUAUGCCAGCAAGUUUGGAAAACUCAGCAGUGGCCAGAGGAUUGGAGAAGAUCAGUCUACAUCCCAAUCCCAAAGAAGGGCAGUGCUAAAGAAUGCUCCAACUACCGCACAAUUGCACUCAUUUCACACACUAGCAAGGUUAUGCUUAAAAUUCUACAAGGAAGGCUCAAGCAGUAUGUGGACCGAGAACUCCCAGAAGUGCAAGCUGGAUUUAGAAGAGGCAGAGGAACCAGAGACCAAAUUGCAAACAUGCGCUAGAUUAUGGAGAAAGCUAGAGAGUUCCAGAAAGACAUCUAUUUCUGCUUCAUUGACUAUGCAAAAGCCUUUGACUGUGUCAACCACAGCAAACUAUGGCAAGUUCUUAAAGAAAUGGGAAUGCCUGAUCACCUCAUCUGUCUCCUGAGAAAUCUCUAUGUGGGACAAGAAGCUACAGUUAGAACUGAAUAUGGAACAACUGAUUGGUUCAAAAUUGGGAAAGGAGUACGGCAAGGCUGUAUUUUGUCUCCCUGCUUAUUUAACUUAUAUGCAGAAUUCAUCAUGCGAAAGGCUGGGCUGGAUGAAUCCCUAGCCGGAAUUAAGAUUGCUGGAAGAAAUAUCAACAACCUCAGAUAUGCAGAUGACACAACCUUGAUGGCAGAAAGUGAGGAGGAAUUAAAUAACCUUUUAUUGAGGGUGAAAGAGGAGAGCGCAAAAUAUGGUCUGAAGCUCAACAUCAAAAAAAUGAAGAUCAUGGUCAAUAGGCCCAUCACCUCCUGGCAAAUAGAAGGGGAAGAAAUGGAGGCAGUGAGAGAUUUUACUUUCUUGGGCUCCAUGAUCACUGCAGAUGGUGACAGCAGUCAUGAAAUUAAAAGACGCCUGCUCCUUGGGAGAAAGGCAAUGACAAACAUAGACAGCAUCUUAAAAAGCAGAAACAUCACCUUGCCAACAAAGGUCCGUAUAGUUAAAGCCAUGGUUUUCCCAGUAGUGAUGUAUGGAAGUGAGAGCUGGACCAUAAAGAAGGCUGAUCGCCAAAGAAUUGAUGCUUUUGAAUUAUGGUGCUGGAGGAGACUCUUGAGAGUCCCAUGGACUGCAAGAAGAUCAAACCUCUCCAUUCUUAAGGAAAUCAGCCCUGAGUGCUCACUGGAAGGACAGAUUGUGAAGCUGAGGCUCCAAUACUUUGGCCACUUCAUGAGAAGAGAAGACUUCCUGGAAAAGCCCCUGAUGUUGGGAAAGAUUGAGGGCCCAAGGAGAAGGAAACGACAGAGAACGAGAUGGUUGGACAAUGUUCUCAAAACUACCAACAUGAAUUUGACGAAACUGCGGGAGGCAGUGGAAAACAGGAGUGCCUGGCAUGCUCUGGUCCAUGGGGUCACGAAGAGUUGGACACAACUAAAUGACUAAACAACAACAAAAAUCAUAUGACCUCUUAAGCCCUCUUUAGGAAGAGUGUUGGGGUGCCUUUUUCCAGCCUAAGGAUCACAGUCCCUUGUGGUAAAUUUUCUGAGGGCCACAUGCUAAUAUUGGGUAGGGUGAAGGGCAAAAGUAGGUGGACUAAUGAAUGGUACUCUCACAGCUUUCUGCAGUGGGCUCCAUUCCAGCCAUGUCCCCACCUCCAUCUUCCAACCAGGGAAGCAAGAUACCUUAUUACAGUCACCACCGAUGGACCAGCUCUUUGAACCAGUUUAAGGCACAUUCAGGCAUACCUUGAACAGAUGCUGGCUUCCAACAUUAAAGAGAAGUUAAUCGGACACGACUAAACGACUAAACAACAACAACAACUAAGUUACCAAGAAACUGGAAAUAUGCAUGGAGCUAGAAACAACAAUUAGAUAACAUAUAUCCUGUCUGGAGAUAACAUUCUUGAAAAUUGAGUACUAAAGACUAAUUGAGGUCAGGAAGGAUCACUGACUAACUCUGGACUGUAGUCAGCAACAAAUGCAUCCCCACUUAGCCUAGUUACUUCUGACCAUUAACCCUCUUGUGGCUUGUCCUGAUAGUAGCAGUCAAGAUACAAAAUGGUAAUGAAUGGUUAAUGCUGCAGAUCUAGAGUUAAUAAGGAUAUAUUCCUGCUAAAUUCUGCAGCUCAGUUUAGUCUGUUUUAUAGCAAAGAUAAACUGUGGUAACAGUGAUAACGAUUUGUCAUGGCAAAUAGAGUAGCAAUGACAGGACAUGAUACUUCAUAGGCUCUCAUAUUGCAACCUGAUGUCUUUGAAGAAAAUAAAGUGAUUAUCUUGUCAGGUCCUAGGCAGUCUUUAGGACUCAUUGCAGUGAUGGAUUUCAUUCUCCUAGUGGGGGUAAUCUGCUAGUCAUAUGUAUCCCAUGCUGAUUGUCAUAAAAUGGCCAUGUUGCUGGGAUAGUACAAUAAGUCUUGUGCUGUCCUUUGUAUCCAAGUUGCCUCCUUCAUGCAAUUCAGACAGGCCAAAGCAAUGACAGGAGAAGCAAUUACAUAAAUUUCCUGCACCCACUGCUGACUUUCCAAACAGGUUUUAAUAUGGAAUUUUGGGCGGUAAGUUCAGCUUCAAAUAUCUAUCUGUUCCAUGAAAUCUAAUAACAAUAGGGCUUUUGGGUAGCGGUAACACAGAGAUGGAUUUCCUUCGGGUAGGUCUGAAUUUAAAUCAGGCUAUUUCUGGUUAUGCAUAUUUACUUUUUUUUCUUGAGGCAUCCCUGAAUAGCUUAGGAGAGUCUUUAAUAGGUUUUUUUGGGGGGGGGGGUUAAUGACAGCAUAACACAGUAGCAAGGGUUUGAAUUAAUCCUGGAGAAACUGAUCUACGGUUAUCUUAAUAACAAAUUGUAUUGUUACAUGCUACCCCAGUCUCUGCCAAGUGGUAGAAAAUUCCAGAGUUUCCAGUCGCUCACCCAGAGUCAUGCUUCCAUGGGAAUUCAGGUCAAAGUGGAGGCUGUAGCGCUUUAAGAUAUAUGGCUUAUUUUACACCUAUACACAGUUAAAGUCUUCCAAGGGGUGUGUGCAGAACAUUAUGCCCCAAAAAUGCCUCUCAUUACCCUUCUCAUAGCUUCAGCAAGCUUGGGGCCUAAGCAGCAGUCAGUCAUAGCUCCUGGUCUCUUGGUGCACCCUCCUCCAGCAAGUGCCAAUGUGGUUCUACCCUUUAUUUCCCUCCACAAACUCUGCUUCAAGCAACUCCUCCUCACCCCAACAAAGUUUUUUAGAAGUACAUUUUUCCUUGUGAGCAUAGCCUGCCCCCUUCCUGUUACCUUGGCAAUUCCUGUCCGCCCAGGUUCAAGGAUUCCCCUUUGAUAUGGCCAUCAACACUUUUUGUUAACACCUCUAUACCAGGUAACAUCCUGGCAUUAGUAAGGAAAUUUAGUUUGUAUUUUUCCACUCACCUGGAAUCUUCCCUCCAAUACUCCAAAUAAUGACAUUCAUCAAUUUAUUGGGUGUAUGGGGGUGUCUUUCCCCACCCAAACUAUAACAGUAUUUAGCAAGACUGCCCUUUAUGUACUGAUCAGAUGUAGCAAUUCUCCAUUUCUAAUAUAAUAAAACGAAGUGUAUCCAUUUGCCCUAUGAAGCUUGCAUUUAUUAUCCCAAUCAAGUAUGAAGUUCACUGGAUGACCUUGGGCAAGUCAAUUCUCAGUUCAGAGCAAGAAAAAGGCAGGUUUAAAUCAACAUUUUCAUUGAUACUGCUACAUACAUUUCCUAAACAAAGGUGUAAAUCUGACCAGCAAAUCAUGUUAGUUUACAACUAGAGUUUGUUAUUUUCAGGAAAUGCGGUUAGUUAGGAUUGCAACCUACAACUGGAGUUAUAUGAUCCCUGAUUUGACUGUAAAUCACAUUGAGCUCAUCUUCUAGGCUAAGGCAACAUGCAUCAGAUCACACCAUAGUAGCCAGCGGUGUGGGGACAUUUACCUAAGCUCCCAUCAGUGCUGCUUCUGCAGCUUACUGGAAGGGAGCGAAGGAGGGGCAAGGCACUGCAGUGUUGACAUGGUGCAAAUGCACCAGUAGAACCAGUCCACUCCUGCAUCAUGCCAGCCUCACCACUACAUCACCCCUCUUCUUCCCAGUAAGCUGUAGCAAUGCAGAUGAUGAAAGGUCAGGUAAAUGCCCCUGUUCUGCCAAUCACUACUGGAAUAAAGUUGUAAAUCUCUUUUUUUGUGCUCCUUAUGAAACAAGGGGACAAAUGCUGCAUAUCAGGGCACACAUCGAUGUUACCAGACCCACAUAGCUACUAUCAAUAAUAGCAGCUCUGCAACUAAUUUUUUUAACUUUCCUCAUAAUGUCUACUAUAUUGUGACAUUAUCAUGCUUCAAUUUGCCUUCCCUCCACAAACAGCUGUCCAUUAAGUGGAGUUGGGGAACAGAAGCAUGAAGUGCAAUGUCUGUAGGAGUAACUGGACAUGUGAAUGGGUUAAUUUCCUUCAUGAGUGUAAAUCACCCCAUGAACGAGCUAAUCACAAAUGCAAGGUCAGCCAAGCCAGCCGUUAUGGUAACAGCCCAGUGCCCUGACUUUAUCUGUGAUUAAUGAAUGUCAGCUCUGUAGUUAGUCUGUGAGCAACGAAGAUACUUUGUAUGUAUCUAUAAUACCUGUAUCUACAUCCAGAACUGUUUUACUGAGCCUUAUCUUCUGCAACAGUAAACUUUUGGUACUUUAAGCUGCUUCUGUGUGGUGACUGGUACUGGGACCAACUUCCACUGCGUGGGUAUCUCACCUCAGAUUCCCAAUAAUUAGAUUGUCCAUCAAGAACCUUAGCAAUUUUCAAGUGGUCUGUGGUGUGGAAAAUUUAGGAAUUGUAUAUAGUUACAUCACAAAACUUUUAGUUGUAAUUGUUUAAAAUGCUCUGUGUGGUUUACAUUAAAUCACUUUAUUCUUGCAGUUCUGGAGUUUAUGUGGCAAUUCAUUGACACCAAAGCGUGGUGUUUUUGGUAAGACUGGUGAUCUCCAAACUAUAUUGUGCCUCGCCUGUGCAAGAGAUGAAGUAACAUAUUCUGGUGCACUUAAUGGAGAUAUAUAUGUAUGGAAAGGAAUCAACCUUAUCCGAACCAUACAAGGAGCUCAUGCUGUAAGUAUCAUUUUCAUAUGAAAGGUGAUUGACCAGUGAAAUACCGAUAAAUUAAGAUUUUGUGUGACAUACACAGAUUUCUAAAUGGAUUGCAUUUUGGUUAACAAAUGCAGGGGACUUUAUCAGAUGUUGAAUGUCACAGUUUAACUUCUGGCAGACCCUUUCAUAAGUUUCUGGCUGAAUAUACCAGAAAAUGCAGAAAUUAGGACAAGUUUGCAGCCUCUCCUCAUCUUGCAGAUUAAUGUUUAUGGGUUAUUUAUCUGGGAUGGCUGAAGGCUAAGUGCACUGGUGUUCAGGAAGGAAUCUUCAGCUGUGUGCUACUCCCAGGAUGUUAUUGCUUCACUCUCGGUAGGGGAAAGGCAAGACUGAUGGAUUUGUGUGCAAAUUGAGGAGCACAGCUCCUAUUCACAACUCCCAAUGAGAGACUUAUUCCAUAUAAUUUUCAUCUGAACACCUGUGUGAAAUUUAUGGAAGCAUAGUGUGGUGACAUUUCAUUGAUGGGUUGUAUUUUAUAUCCUGGUUUUCCUUCCAAACGGCAGAGUAGCUUGCAUAUGGCUGUUAUGUAGUAUUUCAUACAGACACUGCACAGGGCCAUCUUCAGUAUUUGAACCUUAGCAUAUGUCUUUUCUGCAAAAAGGAGAGAGGAAGAUGUUCCUUUUCAUCAUUCUUCAUUCCACAUAACCUGUAAAUAGGUUCAGAACAAUGGGAAGAGGAACACCACUUCAUGAAACCAAUUAAAAAAUUUACAAGGUGCCAAACAGUCUUAAAAACAUAGACCAACAUUCAAUGUUUCACAAGCAAACUUCUCACCACUGCAGCCAAUUUAAAAGUUCAUCAUCCUAAAACUACCAACAAAAUGAAAGCUGGAAUAAGUGGGCUUUAAAAACUUGAAUUUAUGUCUGUGUUGUAUGUGUACACACACACACACACAGAGAGAGAGAGAGAGAGAGAGAGAGAGAGAGAGAGAGAAGGUCCAAAAUCCAAGCAGUUGUGGGAAAGAUAACAUUGUAAGCAUUCACUGCCAAACCUGUGAUGGAAAUAUAAACAUAUAUAUUGAACCACUGUUGUAGCAUGCUUUAAACUUAUAUACUCUAUACCGCUCUAUGGUCUUCAAGGGCAGCUUUGUUUUAGAGCAGUAAUGUAACCUGAAAUAAAUGCAAAAGUAUUGAGUGACCUUCCCAAGCUAUAGAAUAGUGUAUUGUAGAUCAACAUAUGAAAUCUUCUUUUGGAUUUAGAAUUUUAAAAAUGGAUCCGUUUCAGGAACUGGAUAUAAAACAGGAAACAAGUAAACAAUAACGAUCUUGGUCUUGCAUGGUUACACUUGGUAGGACUUUUAUAUGAGGAAUGUAUAUACUACACCUCCUUAGUGGGUGAAUAAUUUAUUUCAGUAUUCUUUAACAGAGGUGAAUACUCAAGUUGUGUGGAUUGAAGCCAAAGCUGAGGUCAGAUAACAGGCACCCUGUAUAAAACAUCACCAUGUUGCUUGGGCAAGUUUUAAUUAAAUAUAAGUGGAAACAAUAUAGCAAACUUAAAUGAGUGCUUUAACCCUCUUGUGAGCCAACACAGAACAUCCACUGUUUUGCUGUCUCUCUUUACAAGUGUAAACCAGAAUGGAACUCAUGGACUUCCAAUGAAACUGAAUUUUGGGAGAUUCAGGACAAAUAAAUAAAAGUACUUCUUCAUGCAGCGCAUAGUUACACUAUGGAACUAUCUCCCACAGGAGGCAGUGAUGGCUAGCAACCUAGAAGGCUUUAAAAGAGGAUUUGAUAAAUUCAUCAAGGAGAGCGCUAUCACUGACUACUAGCCAUGAUUGCUACCCUCUGUCUCCACAGUUGGAGGCAGCAAUGCUUCUUAAUACCGGUUGCUGAAAAACAAAGGAGGGGAAAGGGUUGGUUUCUCACAUGCAUUUGGUUGGCCACUGUGAGAACAGGAUGUUGGACUACAUGGGCCAUUGGCUUGAUGCAGCAGGGUCUUCUUAUACUUACUAUGUUCCUAAAGGACAUUCUCAGUCCAGAUAGGAGGAUGACAUGGGGAAGAGAGCAGACUGCCUGAUCUCCCUGUGAUGGUGACUAUGUUUCUGGACUUGGUUUCAGACUCCUUAAAAGGGACACUACAGAGGGCUUUUUUUGGUAGCAACUCUUAAGGGCAGCAUUUUCAUAGAGCUAGAGUGUUGAGAAAGGCUCAGGCUUGGGUAUUCACAGAAGUGUGGACUCAUAUGCAUAACAUUUUAACUUCUAUUGUAUUUUUUCACUGAGUUUGCAUGUAGUUGUGUUAGUGGAUCUGUGAUUAGCGUCUUUCCAGUCAUGGUGAUUAAAGGGAAUAAAAUCAUUUGAGGUGCAUUGCCUCGAUAUGAAUUUAAUUUAAUUAAAGAAAAAAAUAACCUAAUCAUAAAGGUCAUGUGUCACAAUAUUGGAUCAGUCAGAGACCAGCAUUUGGAAGGUGCAGACAACAAUUUGUAUAAUCAUUCAGCUACGUGGUUACACAGCAGUUAAGUGAAACUGUCAGAUAUAUUUUGCAGUUGUGUGGUCUAGUUGCAUUCACAAGCAGGCUUUCUUAGAAAAGCAGAGCAGAGUUUUAUGUAGUUGUUCUUUUCAAAUUCUGAUUAUUAUUUUUUAAAGACAAGAGUCUGUUAUUUGUAUAAACACAUAGUGUAUUCUAAAGGAAAACGCAGGAAAAAUAUUUUGCCUCAUGUGGUUUUUUUUUAAUAUCAUCAUUAAUGCAAGUUGUGUGCAUACUUAAAUAUGUUCUUUACUCUUUAGGCAGGAAUUUUCAGCAUGAAUGCCUGUGAAGAAGGCUUUGCUACUGGUGGCAGGGAUGGCUGUGUUCGCCUUUGGGAUUUAAAUUUUAAACCAAUUACUGUGAUUGAUCUCAGGGAAACAGACCAGGGAUAUAAAGGUAAAACAAAACAAAACAGUAUUUUAAUUACAUUAUCAAAGGAAUACCUUUUUCAUUGACCAUUGUCCUUCAUAGCCCUACUCAUAAUUGAGGAGUCAUAGCCCUACUCCAGAACAGCAAUGCUGGUGUGGAUUUUCUGAGUUGUAUGUCACGUAAGCAGAGGUCUAUAUUAAUGGAUGUCUGUGUAUGGAGUGCAAUGUUAAAACUUCUCUUUGCACAGUAGUGGCACUGUGUGGUGAGAAGACCCAUGCAUUUAGUGGCCUUGCAGGGUAGGUUUUGCUCAAUGUGUUCCCAUAGGAAUGCUUGCCUAACAAAUUAUUUCCAGGGAACUCAUUGUGUUCAGUAAGCAGGACCUGCAUGUACUGAUUUUUUGGCUGCUAUAAAUAGCACAUGUCAGAAAGAGGAAGAGACAGCAAGAAACAGGCAAAGAAAGAGAGAGAUUCUUAAUCACUGUGCAUGUUUACUUGAAAUAAGUUCUACUGAAUUCAGGUGAGCUUACUCCCAUAUAACUGUCCAUAGGAUCAUGAGCUUCUCCCAGCUCAUACAUGAUCUCCAUAAAAGAAAAAGAAGCAGAAGCUUCCACAGCACACUCCCAUCAGUCAAUGUGGUCCUAAAUGGUUGUGGUAGAAUCGUAAAGAAACUUGCAUACUCCAGCAUGAACAACCUUGAAGCUUCUUCUGAAAUAAACAACAAAUGGUUUAUUUGUAAGGAUUGUGACAACAGCUGAGGACAGGAUAGACUGAUGAAGGAGGGUUGAUGCAGCUAUAGUUUCUCCUCCAUUCCCUUUUAACAAAGUGCAAGGCGCAGAUACAGUUAAAUUCAGUUGGACUUAACUUAUGAGCAAAGUAGUGCUAGCCAAAACAUUACUGCAGGCCUCUAAUUUUUAUUUAUUGUAAUGUAAAAAUAAAAUUUGUCAUUUGGGGUAAAAGGGGGGCUUACCUCAAUGUGUACUAUGUGAUUUAAUUAACUUUCUUCCAUUUUUUCAGGAACAAUAUUCAGGAAUAUUUUAUGAUUUCACAGGAAUUUUUUCUUUGCUAAACAUAUGUAUAAUAAAAUCUGCAUAUUUACUUUCCACAGGUCUGUCUGUGAGAAGUGUUUGUUGGCGAGGAGAUCAUAUACUAGUUGGAACACAAGACAGUGAAAUCUUUGAGAUUGUGGUGCAUGAACGCAAUAAGCCUUUUCUUAUUAUGCAAGGGCACUGUGAAGGGGAGCUUUGGGCCCUAGCAGUUCAUCCUACAAAACCUUUGGCUAUGACGGGAAGUGAUGAUCGAUCAGUCAGGUUAGUUCCCAUGGAUUCUCAAAAGACACAUGAGCAUCUACAGUGAAACAUACUUUGAAUUUUAAAAUACAAAACCAUUUUUUUUGCAUUUGUGGUAAGUUAUAAUCUGUUGCUUUGGUAUAAAAUAUGCACCUUAAGUUUUAGAUGUCACAUUUAAGUAAAUGAUUAUUACAUGUAUUUUAUUCAUCAAAGUAUUUAUAUAUCAUCCUCACAAAACAUCAGGACUGUGUGCAGAAAGAUAAAAAGCUUUUAAAAUCAUUACAGAAAAAUAAGUAAAAUGACUGGCCACUUAAGAAAAUUUUAGACAACUGCAUAGCCCUGUCAUCAAAUUAUGGAAACAAUUGUGCUAAAGCCCCAGGGGUGCCCGUGUGACUGUAUUUUAAAUCUUAAAAUAGCAGUGAGACUGACCUUGGCAAUAUAAUAAAACAGUUGACUGUGUGCUAGAUGAAAAUGGUUCUGCAGCCUGAUAAAAUAGUUAGAUGGCACCUUGCCAUACAGCCAACCAAAUUAGGUUCUGAAUUCUCUGUGACACUCAGAAAUGUUUUGGGCAUGUGUGAAUUGGAUCUGGGCCUCAAUCCAGUCUUGGAGUACAGGGUGCUAAUGAAUAUAAGUCAUAUGCUUUUUUGGGGGGGGGGUAUUUUUUAAAAAGAUGAGACAACCCACUACAUUUUUCUCUGCAUGUAUGAUAAUUGUAUUUUGUUUACCCCGAAUACUUUCUUGCAGAAUAUGGAGCCUUAUAGAUCAUGCAUUGAUUGCACGGUGCAAUAUGGAAGAGCCAAUUCGUUGUGCAGCUGUUAGCACUGAUGGAAUUCAUCUUGCACUUGGAAUGAAAGACGGUUCCUUCACAGUACUUCGAGUUAGGUAGGUUAUGCAUUGGAGACAUUUAAACAAAGAUAAACUUUGCCAUUAAGUUGCUUUUACAAUGAAUUGUAAAAUUCUGCCACCUGCUAGCAUGGCAUCAGUGCCAGAUAAUUUUUUCCAUUUGGACUUAUUUGUAAUGCAUUUGUUUGUGAAUACACGUGUGCCCCUGUGUCCACAUAAGGCUGGCACUUUUGAAGAUAUAUGAUUUUUGUGGUGUUGUUCAAUAAUUUGAAGAAAUGUGUGCAAACUAUAUUUUAAUGCAAGCCCAUAGGCCUUCUGCUGUAAUCUGAGUCCUCAGAUGGGCAAAUGUGUAUCCACAUGCAAAUAGAGGCUUCCUUAUUAAUGUGUAGAUGCCUCAGCUGUAUAUUAUAUAUUGCACUGCUAAGUAGAUAUUCCAUUUGCAAGGCUUUUCUUCACUUGAUGGGAGUAAAAAUGGAUUUCUUUGUACACAGACAAUGACUAAACUAUAUAUUUUUCUUUUUCUGUGUUACAGAGAUAUGACAGAGGUUGUUCAUAUUAAAGAUAGGAAAGAAGCUAUUCAUGAAUUAAAAUACUCACCAGAUGGAAAUUUCCUUGCAGUUGGCUCUAAUGACAGUUCUGUUGAUAUUUAUGGUGUUGUUCAGCGGUACAAAAAGGUUGGAGAGUGUAUUGGAUCAACAAGUUUCAUCACUCAUAUGGAUUGGUCAUUGGACAGCAAACACUUGCAGACCAAUGAUGGCAGUGGAAAAAGGCUUUUUUACAGGAUGCCUGGUGAGAUAAUCUUCUACUAUUACAAUUAUUCAAGAAAAUAGGUAGUGAGUUCUGUGCUUAGGUUGCCUAAUGCUAUUAUAACAUAGCACAUUCCUGGUAAAGUAGUUGUAGUGACUGCAGCUAGUCAUUUCCCUCCAGACAAUUUUAAUCAGUGGGCAGAGGAAUCUUAGACUGCUUGCAGAAGAUAACUGAUUUUGACCAGUUCCUUCCUCCUACUGCACUUCCAUAAGACAUAUCCCUCUAGAGAGGCUUUUAUGGGGGCAGGGGUAUGAUGGGCUGCAGGGAAGGGAGGGAGAAGAAUUGGUUGCACAAGCAGCCUUCUCCUUGUGCAAUAUUGAAUACAAUCCAGUUAAUAUGUUAAUUGCCCGUAUAAAUCGAGUGAAUGAUUAAACAAGUAUCUUUCUAUAUCUAGGUGGAAAAGAAGUGAUGAAUAAGGAUGAGUUAAAAGGUGUCCAGUGGGCUUCAUGGACUUCAGUUGCAGGCCUUGAAGUUAAUGGAAUAUGGCCUAAAUAUUCAGAGAUCAAUGAUAUCAAUUCUGUAGAUGCAAAUUUUAUGGGCCAAGUUCUAGUUACAGCUGAUGACUAUGGAAUAGUAAAAUUGUUUCGGUAUCCUUGUUUAAGAAAAGGUAAUUAUUUAGUGUGUGCUUGGAAUGUAAAUAACAGAAUACCCAGGAUGGAAAGUUCUCGUAAGUUAGAAUCUGGCCUUUUAAAUGGAGAAAAAAAACACUUUUAAAAUAAUAGUGGAAUUUUUUUCUUAUCCAAAUGACUGUUAGCAUUUGCGACCCUUGUUUAUGUUUCAGAUAAGAGAUUUUGGGGUCAGAUUUUGGGGUCAAUGAGAUGCUGCACUCAGAUAAGCCCCCAAAGUCCAGAUGUCACAUUCUGUUUUCCACAUAGUAAAAGGAUAUGGUGGAAGUGAGGGGGGGGGGGGGAUGUUACAGUCAAAUAUCCUUGACUGGCUGAAAAGGGUUUCAUAUACAAAACAGCAAUGAUUGAUAAAGGUAGUUUGUUGCUCUCGUUUAACAAAGUAGCACAGUUGUAACUGACUGGGCUGGCAUGUCAGAUAUUCUGCAAUAUACUCAGUGGGAUACUACAAACCUUGAGCAGACUUUUACUUGUGCAAUGAGGUUUUCCUACCUCCUCCACCCCAGUGCAUUUGCCUGGAAAACCUGAAAAUUAAGGUGCCCCUCAGGGACAAUAUUGAUGGAAUGAAACUGCAGAGGAACCAUUAGCAGAAAUUGGGACUCACCUCUUGCAUAACCAAAAGCAUAUAUCUCCUUGGGCAAGGCACAACUGGUUAUAAGCCAUGGUGUAAAACAACUCUUUAAAUUGAUACAUAAUUUGACACAUGAUAAAACUGAUUUUUUCUUAAUAGGGGCAAAAUUUAAGAAAUACCUUGGUCAUUCAGCACACGUGACAAAUGUCAGAUGGUCACAUGAUUAUCAGUGGGUUAUUUCUAUUGGUGGAGCAGACCAUUCUGUUUUCCAGUGGAAAUUUGUUCCUGAAAGGAAGCUGAAGGAUGCUCUUCACAUAGCACCACAAGGUUAGUGAUGCAUCAUUUGAUACGAGUUGGAAAAUAAUUUAAAACAUUGUUAGUGAUAUGUGUUUUACAGUGAUGGUUGGGACUUCUGCUUCUUGAUCUGGAUGACUGUAAAUACUCCAAUGUUUUCUCAGUUUUGGUUUGACUUUCUGUUUUCUGUUGUUUUGGUCCUGGACCAUUGAGUACAAGUGGUGGGAAAUUACUAUUUUUUUAUUUAGGCAUAUAUAUCACAGUUGUUUUCAGUAACCAUGCUUAGGACUGUGCAGUUAACUGAGUAAUUUUAUUACUUUUACAUUGUAUCUGCUGUUUUCAAUACCUACUCAUUUAUUUAUUUAUUUAUUUCUCUAUCUAUCAAAGAAAGCCUCGUUGACUCUAAUAGUGAAGAAUCUGAUUCUGAUCAAUCAGAUGUUCCAGAGCUGGACUCUGAAAUUGAACAAGAGACACAAAUCACAUACCGUCGACAGGUAUUGUCUUACAUUAUAAACAUAAAUAUGCUAAUGCACCCUGCUGCAACAAACCCUGUGUAUACCUGGAUUAUAGAAUGUUGACACCACAAAACUCACAGACUGUAUUAGAACUGAUCAGAACAGUUAUCGUAGCUGAUGGCCUGGAACCAUAAGCUCCCAAAAGCAGAUGAGGGCUGAGGGCCGAAUGCUGAAAUAAACCAGAUCCGGCCCAGGAGCCAAAAAUGUCCCCUACCCCUGAUGUACAGGGAGGAGAGCUCUGGCAAGGGUACAGUGAGAAGGGUUGGCAAGGAUUUAGAAGGGGCCUGGUGGGUUGGUAAGUUAAGCAAGCAGAGGAGCCAGCUUCUGGUAUGUUAAAAAUUUGUACUUCAUCUUAUAAUUUCAGCUUUGUAAGGUGUUUUACAGAGUUUAAUAUGAAAACAGCAAUAAACAAAUAAUGAUAUUAGAAAACAACAGCGGCACCCUAUGGCUUCCUGUUUCACCAGGUGUUAUUAUAAUUGCUCUAAUCAGUUGCAACCAGCAUUGGCAGUUGUUGCUCCGCUCAUAUUUCAUGCAGUAUACUGGUUCCCUGUUACGUUUAGGUUUGCUGAGACAUGGCUGUAUGUCCAGUUGCUGCAGCGGAAUUGCUUCAGCAGAGCUGUGGGUCAUCUUAAUGCUGUCCAAUAUUACCAAUGGGUUUUAUGAACUCUCUCAUUUAAACUUCUGGAGCUAGUAGAAAGAUUGUCCAAAUACUCUGAUUAUAUUAUGUCCAAAUACUCUGAUACUAUUAUAGUAACAGAAAAAGCAAAGUUUCAGUUCUAAUAUUGCAACCAUGUGGCAUAUGCAGUUCAUGUAGGAAGCUAAGAAAAUUAUCUAUCAACCGCUAUUCCUCAGAGAGAUUUGCUUUUCAAAUAUGCACAAUUACAGAGAACUUUAUAUUCUCUGCUAAGGUUUACAAAGAAGAUCUACCUCAGCUUAAAGAGCAAUGCAAAGAAAAACGAAAAACUGCAGCUUCAAAAAGAAGAGAACGGGCUCCAAUCAAUAGUAUAAGAUUACACUUUGUUCAUGGGUUUGUAAAUUUAUCUUUUUGCCUAAAAGCAAGCAAAUCAGAUUAUUUUGUUUUACAUGGAUUUAGACAUUUAAGGGCCAAACUAGAUGUGAUCUGUGAUUGGAUAUGCCACUUUUUAUUUUUAGAAAAACAUUCAUGGGGCCAUUUGGAUUGGGACCACAGUGCUGAGGGGAAAGUAUGUCUCCUUCCCUCAAACUCCAUUUUUUUCUGAUUUAAAUCCCCCCCUUCCCCCAAAAAGUCCUAUUUGCUUGCAGGUGAAAACAUAGAAAGACCAUACUGGGAAAAUGUAUUAUACCUGAUUUGCCCUGAGGAUAAAUAGCAGUUUUUUGGGGAGGGGAUAUAACUAGGGGAAAUGAUGCAGGGUAGAACACUUUAAACCUUUCUCUUCCAGCACCACGAGGUCAUUUCAAACCCUCCCCAUACGCAGUAAUAUUUAUCCUUAAAAAAAACAACAACCUAUGCACAAGACAGAGAAAUUCAGUUGCAGCUUUCUGAAUAUCAUAACUAAAGAAUUUGCUAGAUUUGUGAAAGUUUUGUUUGUCUAAUGCUUGGAUUCAAUGAAUCACUAGGACAAAUUAAGGAUUCUUCUAGUAAAUGGUUAAUUUCUGUGGGUUAAGGAAGGGUUAACUGGACAUUCUUCUAGUAAAUGGUUAAUUUGGAGUAACUAGGUCAAUGAGAAAUGGGAGAAAGAAGCAGAACACACCCUUGAAGUUCAAUUGGCCUUCAUUAGGCACGGAGCCUUUAGUGGCAGCCUGGCCCUGUGGUACCCCUUACCAGUAUAGGUUUGGCAGGAACUGCCCCUGCUUCCUUUCAGAUAUCUUAUGAAAACCGUAUUGCUCAUAGAGGCCUUCACAACAUCAAUUUCUUUUUACAACCAACCUGUAUCUACUGGUGUUUUUUAAAAAUUAUGUUUUAUUGAUAUUUAUGAACUGCUUUUAUUACAUUUUGUAUGUUUUAAGCUUUUUUACUAUAAUUUAUGAAAGUGCAGAUUAUAACUAUUAAAUAUUUAAUUAAAUAAAUAAACAUUUUAAAGGACCAGCUACAUAAUAUUCUUAGUUUAUCCUCCAGAAACAGAGAAAAACAUUGAAAUAUAUUUUUAACCAUACAAGUUAUUUUCAAAUUUCUUUAUGCCUCCUACAAUCAUCACUUGAAGGGGGAAAUUGUUGAUGUAACCUUGCCUAAUUUACUGUUCUCCCAUACUAGAGAUAUUUUUAUUCUUUUGGAGUACUUUUGAUGGAACUAUCAAAAUCAUUUUGCAGUAUGUAACUAUAAAAACUAAAAUAUUUAGUUGAUUGUACUGUGUCAUGAUGCCUAAAUGUCUAACUGUUUUAUUAGUUACAGAGGCUAUGACUGUCGCAGUAAUUUAUUUUACACUCAGACUGGAGAAAUUGUGUACCAUGUUGCAGCAGUGGGUGUAGUAUACAAUCGGCAGCAGAACACACAACGUUUUUAUUUGGGUCAUGAUGAUGAUAUUCUGUGUCUUGCUAUUCAUCCCUUAAAGGACUAUGUGGCAACAGGCCAGGUAGGAUUCAUGUUUAGGAGAACUAGAAAUCCUGUGUUGUUUUAGUGAGCUUAUAAAUUUAUAUUUCAUAAAUCUGUGGAAUAUGCCUCUGUGAAAAGCAUGUGAAAGCAGUACAGUUGUAGAAGACAGGUUUCAGCUUGGUUACUUGAGUAAAAACAAGUAGGCAUAGAUUUAUUCAACUAUGAAAGAGCUUAUGCUGGAAGUGUGAAACAAAGUCUUGUGGCACUUUAAAGACUAACAAAGAUAUCUUUUGUUUUUGCUGCAAGAGACUAACAUGGCUACUAUCCCUCUGCAAAAUCUUUAUACCUGCAUCAUGCACUACUGCAUACUUCUCCCUGCAAGAGUUUUCCUGCUUUUUUCUAAGGAAUGCUGUAUUCCUCUUUUGGGAGAUUCCUCAUUACAUGGCUAACAUCAAAGUAUGCUAAAGCGGCUGCGUGUACAUUAGUGCCCUCGUGUGGACACUGUAACUACUGAAGUAUAGAAUGGCUAGUGUUUAUAGAAUAUCUGAAAUAGGAGCAUUCAUAUUUGUAGCUAUAGUAUAGAAUGUGCUUGAUGAAGAUACUGAUAAAAUGUGACAUUUUGCAAAAGAUUGAAUUCAGUUGAAUUAACCCCAAUUUGAUUAAACAAAGGUGAAAAGGGUGCUCUUUUAAUAGCCCUGCAUAUUUCUGCUUCUUUAUACACAUAGCUAACAUUCAGAAUAAGAACAUAGUCUGAGACCUGUGAACCAUAAUUUUAUUUCUUGUAUCCAAAUUAGUGUUAUAACCAUGUGAAAGAAACAUGAAAUGGAUGUUAUGGACAAAUAAGCAUUAUACCUCUUGGAGUUUUUUCAGUUGGUUAGUUUUCUUUCUGCAUAAUGUGUUCAAUCUCUUUUGUUUAAGGUUGGUCGUGAUUGCUCAAUCCAUAUUUGGGAUACAGAGACAAUCAAACCACUGUCUGUGUUAAAGGGCUAUCAUCAAUAUGGUGUUUGUGCUGUUGACUUUUCAGGUAUUUAUGACUGAUCAUCUUUUGACUUGGAAACUAUAGUUGUUGGAAAUGUGACACAGCUUUUUAGGUCCUAAGAAUAGAUCACUAUUACAUUGCUAUAAGAACAACUGCAAUAUUUUGCUCUUUGCUUUGAGGAGAUUAGCCUCAUUUUCAGGCUUUCCUCUCAUUAUGCUGUAGAAAUUCUGAUGUAGGCUUGAAGAAAAAUGAUUGUGGUAAAAGUCACUAGUAAAGGUGCCCUGUGUCCUUUGAGGUCGGGGUGGGGGUCAUAUUACAUAAAUUUGUGGCCAGCACUGGAAUGUCCCUGUCUUUGGUACUCAUUUGCCUAACUCUAGGAGAGUACAGUCCAUUCAGAACCAGUUGACUCCAUACAGAUCAAAGGCCUAUAUAUAUAUGUUUUGAUAUAUAUUUUAAUAGUGUCCAGUAACUGCUAGUCAGUAUGUAGAAAGCCUAGAAAGGAGGGAAUGGAAAAUCAAACGUCCAAUUUUGGAGGGACUCUGGGAAAGUGGUAAUGAGUGAUAUUCCUAAUGAACAUGAAAAAGACAUGAAAAGAAUAAAUAUGGGUAUACAGAGUAUACCCUUAUCAACAUAGCUCCUGCUUAGAUACAAAAAUGAGUGAGAAUGAGGAUUUGAACAUGAAGGAGAUUUCCAUAGACAUUAACACAUCCUGCUGAUUACAGAAUUAUGAUUAUGCCCAUCAUUCUUAUAAUUUUCUUUUAUAGCGGAUGGCAAACGGUUAGCUUCCGUUGGAAUAGAUGACAAUCACACUAUUGUUCUUUGGGACUGGAGAAAAGGAGAGAAGCUUUCAUCAGUCAGGUAAGAGUUUAGCUUAAUUAUGGAAACAAAUCAAGGCAUAAGUGGCCAGGAUGAAAAGUACAAGUACUCUUGAGGAGGUUUGAAUGACCUUCACCUAUACACAGUGCGAAAGUGAGUUUGUGUCUUCUUGAGCCGCUGGACAGCAAAGUGCGGAUAUAGCACAUGGGUAGGCAAACUAAGGCCUGGGGCCGGAUCUGGCCCAAUCGCCUUCUAAAUCCGGCCCGUGGACAGUCCAGGAAUCAGUGUGUUUUUACAUGAGUAGAAUGUGUCCUUUUAUUUAAAAUGCAUCUCUGGGUUAUUUGUGGGGCAUAGGAAUUCGUUCAUAUAUUUUUUUCAAAGUAUUGCCCAGCCCCCCACAAGGUCUGAGGAACAGUGGACCGGCCCCCUGCUUAAAAAGUUUGCUGACCCCUGUACAGCAUGCCUAGGGCAUAGGUGUGAAUUGCAUGAAUGAUACCCUACAUUUAAUCCAGGAAUUGAAAGCGCAUUUUGACUUUAUAUGCACAUUAUACAGUUAAACCUCGAUUCCCGAACCUCUCCGUUAUUGUACGUUUCAUCUCCCAAAUGCUGAAAACCCGAAAGUAACUGCUCUGGUUUUCAAAUGAUUUUUGGAAGCAAAACAGCUUCCAGGGAGUUUUUUUUUUCUUUUUUUCUCCAUUGAUUUUGCCAACUGCCCUUUGAUCUUCGAUUGUCGAACAUUUUGGAAGUCGAAUGGUCUUCUGGAACGGAUUACGUUCAACAAUGGAGGUUUGACUGUAUGUUCAUUGGACCCACUCACAAAAGUCCUGCAUUCCCAGAUGUAGGAUAAGAGUACCCAGUGGGAAGCCAUACUUUUGCGCCCCCACUCCAAUAAGUGCAAGAAGAUAACCAUAUCUGCACUCUGAUACAUGGUGUUUCAUUUAAUAGCCAUCUUGUGGAUCUGGGCCCUGUCCAAAAGGGGGAGUCCACAAAGUGAGUAAAUAAUAUGAAUAAAAGGGCUGAUACUAGAAGCCACCAUAACUCAUCACCACUGUGAUGGUCAGAAGUCUUACAGCCUUUAUUAUUAACAAAGGAAGGUGUUAUAUGCAUCAUUUAAUGCAGACAUAGAUAACCGUUUCUUAGCAGGCUGAGAACUGCUUCAUAUUGCUAUUUCUCAACACAAUUGUGUAUUCUGAUUCAUGAGUUUGUGAGCUAGGCUUUUUAAAGUAAAAAUAUAGUGUUAAUAGAGCAGAGGCAUUCUUAAUAUUGAAUAUAGGCUAGUGAAAGUAGUGUUUCAGAGUCUACCAUACCAGAGUAUACCAUAACUGUAGGUAACCAUGAUCCAAACCUCUUGAAAAAGUUAUUGAAAUAUAACUGAACAUAAUCGUUGUGAACCAUUUAAUUCAUAUGCAUACAUAAAAUACAAAAAUAAAACACUGCAUUGUGUUGGAACAAUCUUCAUGUUUUUAAAAGUAAAAAAUAGACGGUUCUUCCAUUUUCCCCAACACAUUGAUUUACUACUGAGUGUGAACAAUUCAUAGAAUAGUAGAGUUGGAAGGGACCUCAAAGCUCCUUUGGUCCAACCCAAGACUUUUGUUUUCCUUAACUUUAUUGCCACGGAGAAAGCUUUCCCCACAAAUCAAAAGUCAAAAUACUUUGUAUAUUGUUCUAGGGGGAGCAAAGAUAAGAUAUUUGUCGUCAAGAUUAACCCCUACAUGCCUGAUAAACUUCUUACAGCUGGAAUGAAACACAUAAAAUUCUGGCGAAGAGCAGGUAAGACAAGUCAAAUUAAUUAUUUGAAUCUCUCUUGUAGUAGUGGCCACCAACUUGGAUGACUUUAAAAGAGGAUUAGGCAAACUCAUGGUGGAGAAGACUAUCAGUAUGCCUCAAUAUCAGUUGCUGGGAACACAAGUGGAGAGAGUGCUCCUGUGCUCCUGUCCUGCUUUCAGGCUUUCCAUGGGCAUCUGUUUGGCCAUUGCGAAAACAAGUUGCUUUGGUCUGACCCAGCAGAGCUCUUAUGUUCUUAUCUUAUCCUUAAGUGUGCAUAAGACUACAGUCAUAGAAUCAUAGAGUUGGAAGAGACCAUGAGAGUCAUCUAGUCCAACUCUCUGCAAUGAAAGAAUCUUUUUGCACAACAUUGGGCUUGAACCCACAACCCUGAGGCUGGAUCCAAACAUAUCAAAGAAGUGUUUCAGUUAAACACCUUGUAAAUUUAAACAGGGAAGUCAGGUAGAGAAAAACGGGACUGCACAGUGACAUCUGGUGGCACAAUGUUAUAUCGCUUUUUCUUUACUAAUCUAGCUGAGUCCUAAGAGUCUCGUGCUUUGCCAACUGAGCUAUCGUGCUGUCAAAGUCCAUUUGCUGAUGUAUGCAUUUUCUCUCAAUUUUGGAACAAAAGAAAUUGCAUGUUUAAUAAAUUAAAGUGACAAAAAGGAAAUUAAACUUCAUUAAAAAUGUUCCUGUAUCGUCUUUUAGAAAAUUACAUUCGUACAGAUACAUAGUUAUGUUCAUAGAGAUACUGAAUAAUUAUUUUUAUUGUUAUUAUUUCAUUUUAAUUUUAAUUUAAGGUGGUGGACUGAUUGGGAAAAAGGGCUAUGUAGGUCCAAUGGGGAAGAUUGAUACAAUGAUGUGUGCAGUUUAUGGCUGGACAGAAGAGAUGUCAUUUUCUGGAACUUCAACGGGGGAUGUAUGCAUAUGGAGAGAUCUCUUCCUCAUAAAAACUGUGAAAGCACACGAUGGCCCUGUGUUCAGUAUGCAUGCACUGGAAAAAGUGAGUGGCUUAUAUUGAAAAUGGAUCAAUAAUAAUUUAUUGUAUUUUAAAAAAUGUAUAGCCAAUAUCUAAAGAGCUACUAUAGGCACGCCUUGGUGUUUUGUCAGGCCCAAUAAGAUUUCUUUUUUUUUUUUAACAAGAGAACCACCUGCCAUAUAAUGAAGUGCUUUUGAAAGCUUUCUAGUGCCCCCUAAUGCUGCACAGUCUAAUAUGGAUGAUGUUUUUUACAAUGAAGAAAUUAACUAGCUUGUUUUAAAGUAAUACUUGUGCAAAUAAAUUGAAAGCACACAGGUAGUCCCACUGUUCUCAGAACAAUUAAGGUUAAAUCUCUUUUUUUGGUGAUUUGAAUAGAAUUUUUAACACAUUUUAGAAUGAAGCUGGAAUCAUCACUGAAAUAUCACCCCUGCUAAUCUGAGUUAAAUAACAUACAUCUUGGCCAUAUUCAUAUUUAUUUACUGUUCUAUAUGACUUCAGAAGUAUGGAUAAUGAGAAUUGCUAUAGAUAUGCGGUCCAAGAUUGCAGUAUUGGGAUGAUUGAUGAGCAGGAUUCAUAUUUAAAUAACAUACUAAAGUUUACUGUACCACAGAACUUUUCUGCUGUUCACUUUCUAAUAUUUCUAAUGUUUUCAGGGAUUUGUAACUGGAGGCAAGGAUGGAGUUGUGGCUCUUUGGGAUGACACCUUUGAACGGUGUCUCAAAACAUAUGCCAUCAAAAGGGCUGCCUUGGCCCCUGGCUCCAAAGGUAAGAUUUAUUUAUUUAGUUCAUUCAUCAUGUCUCUGAACUUUUGUUAAAGCUUAGAUUGCUGUUCUAUAUAUUGAUUUCUGUAUCAUGUGGGUCAAGGCAAAAUUGGAAACAGGAUUCAGCUAAGACACCGUUUAUUUGUUUUUUGUUGUUGUUGUAUUCUACAUCAUGCUAAAGAGAUGGUUCUAUCAAUCCAAGCAUUUCUGCUUGACUGACAAAACAAUCUUCCCUUUCCUUCCCCCAUGUGCUGUUCUGGGGGCUCUCCUGGACCUCCAGAGCAGAUCGAGGGGGGGGCUUGGGGGGAGGAGAAUAUCACCCUUUGUAACUGUCAGAAGGAAGAUGUUUAAAAGUGGAUUGAAAAGAGAAAACCCAUACAUGUCCACUCCCAAAUAAGUUCUACUGAAUUCCACUGGACUUAUUUCCAGGUAAGUGUGCACUGGAUUGCAUAACAGAAGCCAAAGAUAAGAGAGAGAGAGUGGGAGGUCUGAACUUUCUGUUCAAGCCAGGAUUAUGUCAGAAAUUAAACAAGCAAAUAAUAAGCUUUCCAAUUAAAAUAGUGAUUUCAUCCAAAAUUGAGCUCUUAUAUAUAUACAUAUUUUCAUUUAGGUCUCCUUUUAGAAGAUAACCCUUCUAUACGUGCCAUAUCAUUAGGACAUGGUCAUAUUUUAGUGGGCACAAAGAAUGGUGAAAUACUGGAAGUUGAUAAAAGUGGGCCAAUAACAUUGCUUGUUCAGGUAUAGUAAAUAAUAACCAUAUAUUUCUCUUUUUUAAAAAACAUUUUUAGUUUUGAAAUGUUAAAGUACAGCUGCUAUAAUAAUGUUUCAUAAUUGGUGGUGUGAAAUGCCAAUUUAGGAUCAGUGUGGUAAGGCUGUGGCUGUGUACAAACAAACAUUUCCAGCUUUCUCCUGCCUUCAGCAUUUGACAAACUUACUGAUUGGCAACUUGGAUACUGGUCCAGUCAUCUCUCUUGUUUCCCCCCAUGUUCAUCACCUUCAGAAGAAGAAAAUCCAUUUUAAAAGACUGGGAAAACUGUGCAGGGGAUGGGGAUGAGGUGGGUUUGUUUGAUUGUCUAUUGGGGGCAUUUAUACCCUGCCGUUUAGCCUAAAAGGCUCUCAGAGCAGCUUACAAAAAUCACUAGUAAGACGGUCUCUUCCCUCAAACUCAAAGUUGAAAAAGACAUGAUGUAUGAGGAAAAAGGAAUGGGAGGGAGGAGGGAAAAGCAAGCUCAAGUACAAGUUCUUAAUAUAUAGAACAGUUACAUAGUAAUGCCUGUGCCAGGAGUGGAGAACCUUUAGGUCUCCCAAGCUAGUGCUGUAUCUAUGGGGUGGGGGGUAGCCAGGUUUUUUGCCCCAGGUGAAGCCUCCAGAGGGGUGCCAUUGAGGCUCCCAGCCUGUGUGUGUACGCAAAUGUGUGGGGGGUGUGUGUGUGUGCCAAACUGGGUCUUUGACCUGGGUGAACUAAAGCCUAGUUUUGUCCAUGCACCAAGCCCAUGAGGCUGUUUUAGUCUAGCCAUGCCUAGGUGUGGAGCAGGUAAAGCUGGAACUUGCAGAAAGGGGCUUUGCAGGCUACUGGUAUUGGUAGUGCCUUCAAAGCACCUUGAGCAGCACUUCCCAUGGGCCACCAAUUGGCUCGGGAAGCACUGUGAAAAAAAGUUCAGAUUUUUUAUUUACAAUCAAUAAAAUAUAGUAAUUUACAGUCCUCAAACUCAUAAUAAUUUCUAGUGUGGUUUAAUAAGUUGGCUGCAUCCUCUGUUGUUUUUAAAUCAAUUCUUAAUUCUUGUUUGUAAUAGAGCAAAUUAAACUGAAUUGUUUUUGUUUGUUAUAGGGUCACAUGGAAGGAGAAGUUUGGGGUUUAGCUACCCAUCCUCAUUUACCUAUUUGUGCCACUGUAAGUGAUGAUAAAACCUUACGAAUAUGGGAUCUGUCCCCCAGCCAUUGCAUGCUUGCUGUUAGAAAACUGAAGAAGGGUAAGAUGAUGGUGCUUUUCAUCAAAAUUUGCAAACGUUUUGCUGUUCACUCAUAUUAGAAUCUAAGUGAAGUUGCGUUAAAUAAUAUUAGUAUUAGAACAAUAAAAUGUAAAAAAAGAUUUAAACUUUUGAAAAUGUAAUAUGGAAAUAGGUUACCCAAAUUUAGAUGCAAGUUGUGUGAGGGGUUUGCAAUUAUUAUUAUUAAUAAUAAAAAUAAAAAUAAAAAUAAUAAUGGACGCGGGUGGCGCUGUGGGUAAAACCUCAGUGCCUAGGACUUGCUGAUCGUAAGGUCGGCGGUUCGAAUCCCCGCGGCGGGGUGAGCUCCCGUCAUUCGGUCCCAGCUCCUGCCCACCUAGCAGUUCGAAAGCACCCCUAAGUGCAAGUAGAUAAAUAGGUACCGCUUUAUAGCGGGAAGGUAAACGGCGUUUCCGUGUGCAGCACUGGUGCUGGCUCGCCAGCUGCAGCUUCGUCACGCUGGCCAUGUGACCCGGAAGUGUCUUCGGACGGGCAGGGGUACCUUUACCUUUAAUAAUAAUAAUACCCCUCGUACUGACUUACCUUAUAGAGAUAUAAGGAUCAAUGAAAGUAUAUGUAACAGUUUGAACACUUGAAAGUGCAACAUAAAAAUACAUCACAUUUUCCAGCAAAAUAAUGCCUGCAGGCCUCCAGUUAGAACUAAAAUAUGUCUCUUUGCAUUUGGCAGGGGGAAGAUCUUGCUGUUUUUCUCCUGACGGGAAGGCAUUAGCAGUAGGUCUCAAUGAUGGAAGUUUCUUAAUAGUAAAUUCAGACACCCUGGAGGAUCUUGUUUCUUUUCAUCAUAGGAAGGACGUUAUUUCAGAUAUACGAUUUUCUCCUGGUAAGUACAGGCAACCCCCCCCCCUUUUACAUAGGGGUUACAUUCUGAGUCAUCAUGCGCAUCAGCAGAGCAUGUGUAAACCCACCCUGCCCUUUUCCAGUGUCAAACACAGCGGUUGUAAUCAUACAUGCAUCAAACACACACAAAUUGAGAAUUGCCUGUAAUCAGCUUCAGAUAAGUCACUCAGAAUUGUAGAAUGCCAUUAUGACAAGAUUUUUCCCACUCAAUUUUUGUCAAUUUAAGGCCCUUUCAGAAUUAUGAUUACUAUGCUGUAAGGGUUCUGACUGGGAAAGUGUUGCAGACUUAACACACGUGCACUUAUUUGAAUGCUCAUGUAGCUGUAUGCUUGGAGGAUUUUGAGGACACAAUUGGAAAUCUUGAAUCACACCACUUUGGAGAGAAAUUGUCUUGGUUGAGUCCUCCAGUGCUGGGUUCACAUAUCAAAAAGAAGCUCUAUUAUACUGAGUCAGACUAUCUAGCUCAGUAUAGUUUAUAUAACUGACAGUGGCUGCCCAAGGUUGCAGACAGGGGCAUUCCCCAGCCCUAAGUGAAGAUGCCAGGAAUUGAGCCUCAGACUUCUUGCAUGCAAAAUAUGCAUUCCGCCACUGACCUGUAUCCUUUCCCCAACAAAUGCACAGUUAAAGACAUUUUUUAAAAAAACCAUUGUUAAUAAAAUGAACCUAAGAAAAGAAUACAAAGUUCUGCGGGAUGCGAGGGAGAGAAGGUACUAAGGUCGCUUAAAAUUUGAGGAAAUAAACAUUGGACAAUUUGAAAGCUCCUUACAUUUACAUUGUAAUGCUGAGGGAGAGAAGAGAUCUUUCAGAAAGUGGAUGUUGGAAAAUGUUGGCUCUUUUGGAAAGAGCUCUUGGAAUAUAUUGGAAUUAAAGGAAGCCCACAUUUUACAUGCAUUAGAUUUUAACCCUUGCUGGAUCCCGGAUCCCGGUAAUUACAAGGGCAUCAUGAAGGCACCAUGAAGGCUGAACACCCGCCCAAAACCCCCCGCAUAACAUUAUAUUCAUUAAACACUUUUCAAAGUGUAUGAAUUUGCCUUCUAAGAUCGGCAAUAGAAUGCUUUUGGCCCCAUGAACCCUAUUUUCUCUAAGUCUGUACCCAUCAUAAAUUACUUCUAGGUUGGGUAGUAACUAAAGAUUAAUUAAGGUUGUAUCUGCAUCUGCAGUCCAUGUCACAUUUUGUUCUUCAUAAUAUUCUUCCAGAUGGAUGUUUAUUGUGGGAUGGGCGCUCCUCUUGCAUGCAAUAACAUUGCUGAUAUCAAAAUGCCAGCCUGUAUUCCCUCUUCCCUAUUAAUCAAGAUCUGCUCUUCCUGGGGAAAAUAAAAUACAUUAAACAAAGUAAAAUAUUUCCCAAUGACAUAUUUACAAUAUCUGAACAACCCAUUUACAAUAAUAAGGCUUAUCUAGAGAUACCUAUUGCCUCAAUAUUUAUUCUCACAUGUUUUCCAUAUAUAAUUGCUUUUUUUUACUUACAGGCUGCUCCCCCCUCCCUUUGGCAUAGGUUUGCAAUAAUUUGCAAUCAAAUGCUAACAAGAUAGCCUGGAACAUAAACCAUACCUCAAAACUACAAAUAAGACAUUUCCAAAGAUUAUGUGAUUCACAUUUAUUUUUGUAGAAAAUCAGGUUACUUGGGUACUUUUCAUCUCCUUAUGAUUGCAUUUUAGGCGCUGGAAAAUACUUAUCUGUAGCAUCGUAUGAUACGUUUGUAGAUAUCUACAAUGUAAUGAGCAGUAAGCGGGUUGGAAUCUGCAAGGGCUCUUCCAGUUAUGUGACACACAUUGAUUGGGAUGUAAGAGGUAAGAAAUACAAUUGCUGCAAAAUGACUAUAUUUCUGUAGCUUGGAAAGUGUAAACUGUGCAUGAAUUUUGUGCAGCAUUUCCAAAUGGUAGUGAUGAAUUUCUCACAAUUUUUCAUAAGAAGUGAAUUAAUAAAUAUUGUGUAAACAAACUACAAACAAAAAGUCUUCAAUAAAAUUUUGUAUUUGGUGAACAUUUUUUAGGAAAGCUUUUACAAGUCAACACUGGUGCUAAGGAACAGUUGUUUUUUGAAGCUCCUCGGGGGAAAAAACAGAUAAUUCCCAGUACAGAGGUAAGAAGAUUUACCAUUCAAUUCAAAUACAAUUUUGUAAAUAAUAUCUAUAUUUUCUUUUUGUCAUUUACAUAAUUUUGAAGGCACUACAAGCAGCCCCACAUUUACAUAGGGUUACAUUCCGAGGCACCACACGCAUUGGUGAAAUCGUGUAUAAUUGAAACCUAUUGAAAAAGCCUUCAGACAACCCAUUCCGUCACCACCCUGCCCCCACCUUUUAGUAACGUUUCAGUGAUGUAUUUAUGACGUUUCUGGGUCACUUCUAGGUUCGGUAUGAUGCGCAUAUACUGUACAGUACAUGGUUGCACACAUACUGAAUGUGCGUAAAGGGGGUGGUGGUCUCUGCCUGUAUGUUAUUUGCUUGUGCAUGUAAGAUGACAUCAGGUGGGACUUGAGGUCCACCUAGUGGUAGAAUGCAAAAGUUGCUGUUCUAAAACUCCAAAGCUUCUGGAAUUCUAAUCCCUUCAGUGAGCGACAUCUAAAUUCUGCCUUACCAAUUGUGAUAGUGUUUUGAGACCUUGGCAGACUAUACGGUUCAGGCUUGUUGUUUUGGUCCUUGUCAAUAUGUAAAAGAAAUUGUGGAAUUUCCUCCUUAUAUAUAUUUCUUUACUGAAGGACAAAGACUUAGCCACGAAAGUAAACACUGCAGUUUCUCCUUUCAAGAUAUCCAAAAUUUAAAUUGAAAAUUAAAUACCAGUAAAUUUUUACUAGAUACCAAUACCCUGCUAGGCAGACCUAUUUUACAAAUGUCCUAUCAGAUGCCAUUAAGGAUAGAGUCUUCAUUUGCAAUACCAGCUUCCCCCCCUACAAAAUCUGAAAAUGCUUUUUAUCACCAAAUAAUUUUAUUGCCUUGCUUAAUGAAAUUGUUGUCAAUAUCCCCACCACCACCACCAAAAAAGCUAGUAUCUCUGCUUAAUGCUGUGGUUUGUUGCAUUGUUGUGGCAAACUGAUCUGUAUUCCUCAAAUGAAAUGUUUUCUUAGUGGUACAGCAAGUCUUGGAAUCAGACUAUUAGACACUAAGAACAAGCAAUGAAAUAGAUUUACAAGACCAGAAUAGAUUAGAUUAGAAUAGAAUAGAAUAGAAUAGAAUAGUGAGUAUUACUGUGUUGCACUUUCAGGGAAAUUAAGAAACUCACCUAUAUGAAUUAAAUUCAAAUGCUACAAGUAUGGUUUAUACUAAUCACCAGCAAGACACAGGAAGUCAAGGUACGUCAGGGAAUCUUUAAGAUUUCCUUAUAUAAAGAAAACCUUCCCAAAUUAAGUCCUACAAAUAGAAGUAAAGAACACAAACACAUUAAGGUGUCAGUCCUUUGCACACUUACCUGAGACAAAGAAAAACCUGAUUUCAGAUGUAUAACUAUGGAUAAGUAUCCUUUCUCAAACAGGCUAUCUUUAUAGGCAGAAAAGAUUUCCUGGACAUCCUGGACAAGUGUUCUAGGCUCCUGCUGUGAAGGAAUUUGGCCAAUAAUUGGAGAAGUUACAGAUGUAACUGCUUCGUGCCUCACCAGUGAUAGUACAGUUUUGGCAACAGGAGAUGAUUUUGGAUUUGUAAAGCUUUUCCGAUACCCUGCCAAAGUAAGUAAAUAUGCAGUGUUUGCAUAAUGAGUCUUAAACGAAGUCCUACUGUUUUCAUACCUACAGUCAUUGAAAAUACACUUGUAUUCUUAUCUCUCAUUGGUAUAUGUGAAUCAGCUUUAACACAGAUCAAAACUACAGAUCAAGCAUUCAUAUUGUACCACAUUUUCUCAGACACAAUGCAUUUCAAUGGAGACAAUUCACAUGCUCAUCUGUAAGUCAACCUAGAGUAUAUUUUCUGUUAAAUAUUUUUUUAUUGUUUUUCACAAUUUAAUUCCACAUUAACAUCAAUAAAAAAGAACAUUUUUACCCCCCAAUCCCCAUGUAUAGCAAUAUCUUUUCAAAACCUUUUCUUCGAGAUUCCAGGAAUCUCCAGACUUCCCUCUAUCCCCUCUCCUGGUUCUUUAUAUAAACAACAUUCUCUUAGAUUUCCAUGUCAAUUUACCCAAUUUUCUAAUAAUUACACAUAGUUAAUCAAAACUUACUAACACUUCAAAUCAUUUACCAUUAUUUAACACAGUCAUUUAAGUGUCUAGAAUAUCAUUUAAAAGAACUUUCUGCAUUCCAAAUCUGUGCUUACCUAUUAUUAUUUUCUUCUUCUAAUUUUAUCCCCAUCUCUACUAAUUGCAAGCGUUUAAUCAAAGACUGCUAAUGUACCAAUAUCUACAAUAUUUUGCACAUAAACAAUACCCAUUUCCAAGAUUAUUUCCCAAAGUUUUCCUAACUUUGGCGUACUUAAAUUUCAUCAGAAGACAUCUGUCAGUUGAGGCAAGUUCCAAAUCCAGCUCGCCUUUCCUCCAAACUUCUCUCAGUCUCAGAGGUUGUACUUUCUGCCUCGUUUUCUCCACCACAACCUCCUCAAGUGUUUUCUGCCUAAACCACAAAACUUCCAAAUCUACCCUGUUCUUUUGGACUUUCUUCAUAUCAGUCAUCUUUUCCCAGUUUUCAGGCUUCCGCUCCAACUUUUGCCUAAGAACAUCCCCUUCCUCAGUUCUCCCUGCCCAAGACUCUAUUAUUUCAAUCGGUUCUCUCACCCUUUUAAUGCUUUGAUCCAUUUGGGUUGUAAACUCAUUUGUUAUUUUAGCCAUAAUUUCCAUCAUCUCUUUCAUAAAUUCUUUUUUCAAUUCAGAAAAAAGAUUCACCAAUUCAAAUUGAGAUUUAUCUCCUGGGUCCUGUACUUGGGCCUUCUGUCCAGACUCAACUCUGACUGUUUAAUCAUUAUCAUAUUUUCGUCUUUCCGUUGUUCUCAAAACAGCCAGUUUUCACCACCACCUUAUCAGUUUCAAGGCCGUUCCAUGUAAGUUCCCAGUAAACAGUAACAGUUUCUGUGCUUUCACACUAUCCCUAUUCUUUCGACCCGUUUACUUUUUACACAUAUGCAAUUUAACAUAAAAACCAAAUUUUAAGUUGAUAUUCAUAUAUAACAAAUCUCUACCUUAAAAAAGAUACCGAAACAAUAUAUCCAUAAGAAUUACCACUUAAUUGUCCAGGAGAGAGAGUACUAAAUUCAGUAUCCAAUUUUCUGAAAUGUCUCAAGGUGAACUGAAGAGUUGCAGCACUUGAAGAUCCUUAUAAAUAGGUAUGUCAACCUCUCUUGACAGUUUUUUCCCCUCCUUAAAAUUCUGAUUUAUAUACAGGAAACUGAGUUCAGUGCUCUGUAGAUCCCUCCAGCUGAGAUAAGUCUUUCUUAUAUUCCCCCAACAGAGUACUUUAAUUAUCUUAAUCCAAAUCUCCUCUGCUGAGUUCAGUUUUAAUGAUGGCUGCAGUUCAAAAUCCAUUUUCCACUUUUAUACUCUAGUAUCAGUAACAAGCCAAGAAGAGUAGAUUUCAAUUGCCUUAACCUUUCCUCUCCGCAACCGGGGAAAAGCUUUGGAAGGGCAGCGUAAGGGCUUUCAGAUGUUGUCAGAGUCCUGGCACCACGUUCCCUUUUCCAUACACAAAUACCAAGUCAUGGCCAGCUUUAAAAUCCUGUAGCAAUGUCAAGCAAUAAAGAAUGGGUUUCAAUUACUUUCAAUUCUCCCAUCAGCAGGCCCACACUGUAAAUAUCAAAUAAGAUAAUAGUUUUCCACCUGCACUUUUUUAAUUACCCAGAAGACGAAGAAUAGACUUCCUUUUUAAUCCUUUGUCUGGCGCCGAAUUAAGCUUAAUUAAUUUCAGUAGUUAAUCUUUUUACGUUCCCGUCGGCUUGAAUGUUGGUUACGGAAAAUCUCUGCUGGUGGCUGGAGCGUGCUGCCAAGACUGCACUCAAAUCUGCUUCUUUCCCCCACUCUCCUGAGCCUUUUGGAGCAGGGGUCUGGGAAUUGCGGGAGAGCUCUUUGCAGUCUGCUGGACCCCUCGACAUCUUGAGAACCUUGGGGGGUAUGGUAUGCCUUGGCGUUUCCCCCUGACUCUCUGCAGGGCUCAGAUCUGUUGGAGCAAUCAGAUCUGUGCUCCGUUCACCAUCUUGCAGAGAUCGGAAGUCCAACAUAGGAUAUAUUUUCAAGUGAUGUGUAUGCAUAUGUGUAGCAGGCCUUAGUUGUCACCAUUUUGAUUUUGUUUAAUCCUUGGGUAGGGAACUUCUGGCCCACAGCCUAACUAGGUCUAACAGAUCUUUCCAUUUGGUCUGCCAGGCUGUUACAGUCAAGUUGUGCCAUUCCCACCUGUCCUACAGCUGUGUCAUAUAUGAUGACAGGGCUUGAAUGAAAAGGGCUUUGCAGGCACUGCCAGUCAGCAAAUGGUACUUGGAAAGUACUAUGCACAGUUUUUUUUGCCCAGUUGGUUUGAUUUCAAACUGCAUGGGCAAAAAUGGUUUACUUGACAUCAUUGUGACUCUAGCUGAUAGAUAGAUACACCUGUCAAACUUGGUCCAUGGGGGUUUAUAGAGCUAAGGUUCCAGCCCACUGGUUGAUUCUAGUACCCCCACUCCUAGUGGCUAUUUCAGGUUGAAGAGAUUCAUUUUAGAACAUGUGUGUAUAUGUGUGUACUGGACUUGGACUAGAGACACCUGGGUUUAAAUCCCUGCUCUGCUGGUACUCAAAGGACUCUUUUUUGAGUCUUACAUAUCUCACAGAGUUGUUGUGAAAAUAAAAUGAAAGAUCUCUCAUGUAAGAACUCCUUAGCUCCUGGGCAAAGACACAAAUGUAAAAAGAAUAUGAUUGACAUCCCUUCAUACUACACAAUCCCUCAUUCACAUACCAACGACUCAAAUAACACAUCUAACACCACAUUUCCGCUGCACAGCUUUUCCCACCAAUAAUGCUCCAGGAUUUUUGUUCUAACAGUUUUUUAAAAAAAAAAUUGGGGGAGAAUGAAAGUAUGAGGUGUUCCAGUAAAAUCUUUAGUCAUCUUCCUCAGACCAUGCAAGCUCAUAACCCAAGUAAUGAUAUUCCUCUGGCAUCACAUCUCAGCUGGCAUUGCAACACAUAGUUGUGGAGGCAAGGCUACAGAAAAAAAAGUGGAUGACUAUUUCUUCCCUUGGGUUCACCUCCAGCAUUCUUAAGGAGUCAGGGCUAGACAAAGGGGAGCAGUGUCAGACUGUGCCUUCAAAUGUUUUCUAAAUGUGAAAUUAUUUAUCUCCCUGACAUCUGAUGGGAGGGCGUUCUACAGGGAGGGCGCUGCUGCUGAGAAGGCCCUCUGCCUGGUUAAUUUGUGCAGCAAACGUCCAUGUACGGUAUAUGUUGGAAUGUUCAUAAACAUUCCAUAACACCUCUGCAGCUGAGACAGUGGUUAAGGGUCGUUCAUUGGAGUUCAGAGUAACUAUGGUACUGAAAAAAGGGUAUUAAUGUUUCAAAUACUGCAGCCUGUAACUACCCCGUGGUUGUUUCCUUUUGUUGAGUUUAUCUGAUUUGGAGAUAAUUUGGCAAACCAUUCUGUUUCUGAGAAAUUGUGUGUUCUAUACUUUAAUUAAACACUCCCUUUGUCUUUGUAUGGCCAUAACUGAAAUACUUUAUUGUCUCUUGUACAACUUGUAUAUAGUGAGAUUACACGAGUACCCCCCACUCAGCUCUCUUAGUCUUAAUUCCCCUUGUUUACUGACGCAUACCCACCAAACCCAAAAGUCAGUUAACCUGUUGUUAUCUUUUCAUUCAGCAGCCUAACAGCCCAUGGAUAGAAGCUGUUCUUUACCUUGUUGGUGCAACUAAUCAUGCUUCUAUAUCUUCUGCCUAAGGGCAGGAGAUCAAUAAAGUGCUGGUCAGGGUGUGAAUCAUCCCUGAGAAUUUUCUUCACUCUCCUGAGGCAACGUUCUUCCGCUGUUUCAUCCAGCAGAUUCACGGGACAGCCCAUAAUAUCUUGUGCUGUAUUCACCACCCUCUGUAGGCACUUCCUACCAGAUGAUGUCAAACCAGCAUAUCACACCGUGAUGCAGUAUGAAAGGACACUUUCUACUGUUGACCGGUAGAAGGAGAUCAUCAAAUGUUGAUUGAAAUAAUAGUAGCUAUGUAGAUAUGUAGGAUAGCAGUAGUGGAUAGUGAGGAAGGGCUGUGCUCUCAGCUGACCUCCCUUCAGCUGCACUGCUGUUGCAUACCAGGAUUGUUUUGCAACAGUGCCAACAGGAAUACUGGACUGUCUUUUUCCCAUUCUGAUAUGCAGCAGCAUUGCAGCCAAAGGGAGGUCAAGUAAAUGACACAGAUGCACCAAGCCCUCCACUACUGCCCAGCAUAUUGUUCAGUGUUACAUUGACUCAUAUAUAGAUGUUUUGUAGCCUUGCCUAAAAAUGCAAAUGAAUGAAAUGUUCUACAUUCUUUGUAUAUUUCAUAUUCAGGGAAAAUAUGGGAAGUUUAAGAGAUAUGUGGCGCAUAGCACACAUGUAACAAAUGUUCGUUGGACUCAUGAUGACAGUUUAUUAGUCAGUGUUGGAGGUGGAGACACCUCUUUAAUGCUGUGGACCCAUGAGAUGGAGGGCCAUCGAGAAACCAGGCAGUGUGACAGUGAAGAAUCUGAUCUAGAUUCUGAGGAAGAUGGGGGUAAGUAACCGUUUUAAGAUAACUUCAAUCUUAUACAGUGGUGCCUCGCAAGACGAAAAGAAUCCGUUCCGCGAGUCUCUUCGUCUUGUGGGUUUUUUCGUCUUGCGAAGCAAGCCCUUUAGCGGAUUAGCGCUACAGUAUUAGCGGCUUAGCGGGCUUAGCAGAACAGCUGAUAAGCGGCUUAGCGAUCAGCUGUUAAGCGGCUUAACGAUAAGCUGAUAAGCGGCUUAACGAUCAGCUGUUAAGCGGCUUAGCCGAUCAGCUGAUAAGCGGUUUAGCGGCUUGGGGAAAAGGGGGGGGGAGGAAAAAAACCCCGCAGCAACUCGCAAGACAUUUUCGUCUUGCGAAGCAAGCACAUAGGAAAUUCGUUUUGCGAAGCACCUCCAAAACGGAAAACCCUUUCGUCUAGCGGGUUUUCCGUCUUGCGAGGCAUUCGUCUUGCGGGGCACCACUGUAAAGCAGUUUUAAUUCUUCCCAUUAUAAAUGCAACUUCCGUAAUCUGAAUGUCAGUUUGAAAGGUCCAGGGUUUUUUUUGGUGUUUGUAUGUGUGCAAAUUAAAUAUUUAGCAAAACCAGUUUACUGUUUGAAAUGCCUUUUAAAAUCCUAAGUAAAUUAUAUUUGUUGUAAUUUUAUGUUAUGUUGGCUGGGAUCCAAAGCUCCAUUAACAGAGCUGUGCGCAUGGAAGUGGGGGAGGCGAUUUUCUGAUUUCUUGUGCCCACUAGAAAUCUACACUCCUACACCCCAGUAGUGUAGGAGAUUGUGUAGGUGCUGCAUGCAGUGAAGGAACUGGCAAGAAUUAACACUUUUUACCAGAAGGAACUUUCACAGUAUUGCAGCUACUUCUGCAAACACUCAGUGCCAGGUGCCAUCCCGUUUUGCCACCUGAGGCGAAAUGGGAAUGUACCAUUCCUUGACCUCUCGCCAUGCCCCCCCUCCACUGUUGCCAGGUAUUUCUGCUUGUCUUCUGUACCCUGGGUGGGUGGAGGAGAUGAUGGGGGACAUUCUGCUGGAAGAGGAAGCAGUGGGGCAGGUGGGUGCUUCAGUGGGCAGGCUCUGCAAAGUGCUUUCCCAUGAACUGAAGGACACCUUCAACUUACUGAAGGGCUGGUCUUGAUCCCAUCUACUGUUGUUUGUUGUCUCUGGUGCACUUAUAUACAAAUAGAAUAAAUUAAUAAAUAAUUCACCUGCUUCUUAGUUCCAAUAGUUCUUGUGGUUAUAAAUAUUUUACUAGGAUAUGACAGUGAUGUCACAAGAGAAAAUGAAAUUAAUUACACCAUCAAAGCCUUAUCAACCAACAUCAGACCUAUGUUUGGAAUCAAGCCUCAUCUGCAGCUAAAAGAGCCUUCAGUUGAUGAAAGGUAACUUGGGGAGGAAAUGUGUAAUUUUAUGGCAUACUGUAAUAGAUAGAUUUUUAAGGGGCAUGUGUGCGUAGAAGGGGCUGAGAUUUUUUUUCUAUUUGGUUUUGAACCAUUGUGCUUGAAUAUUAGAUAACAUUUCCAUUUAACUUUUCAUGGACUAAGAAUGUUGGCCAAGAGUAAAAGAUUUUCACAUGUAGUAGUGAAUAGCACACAUACACUGCUGCUGAACACCAGUAGUAGCAAACAAAUAGUCAGUGAUAGCUUUGAUCCUCUGAUGUUGGGACAAGGGUGCAUGGAAUAAUACUUCCUCACUGCCACCACCAUCAGCUGUACUGUGAUCUUGUGCAUAUGCAGGCAACUUACAACUUCUGCACAUUUAACAUGUGCAAUUUCAAUGUUCAUUGUUUAAAUAAUGCAAAUUAAAAGCACGGAAGGAGGAUAACUUAAAAACUCUUUUGUGCAGGGUUUUCCCUAUGAGGGAAGAGCUUUUAAGCUCUCAAACUUGCUUACUGAGCUCUAGGAGGCUCUUGCGAAAUCUUGGACAACUCUACAAAUAUUGCAAGAGCCUCCCCAAGCCUGGGUGCACUGGCUCUGGGAGGUAAUAUUGCUCAUGCAGGGGCAGUUCAAAGAAGCUGGUUCAAAUAUAUCCAGUUUUGUGUAUAUGUGCCAUCGCCGGAAUGUAAUCCUUGAUACGAGUUACCUGUAUAACAGAACUGCAGGCAGGCAGCCAGGCACUGAGACAUUUGAAGAUUUGAAAGGAUGGAAUUUUUGAGAAGUAGGUAGGGUUAAACAAUAAUUUAAAUAAUUGUCAAAUAAUUUUAGAAGUGUACGCAAGAGGCACCUUCAGUCCUUGCAUCUAAGUGGGCAUGUUUAAUUCUGCAACUUUAAAUAUCUGUGGGCAAAUUUUCACUUUACAUUUUGAACUGUGGUUGACCUGAAGCAAACAUGCAUGCCAGAUCCAUCUUUUGGAAAACAGUCAGAAGUGACAUCCAGGAAAAGAAUACUUCUCUGCUUACAAAUAUUUUACAGAGACACGCACUGAAUUUUACAUACAAAUGCCCUUUAGACUUGAUGCAUUUACUGUAUUUCGUUCUUGAGUAUUAAUGCCUAUGUACGAAAUGUGAGUUUAGAAUCGGCUAACAAAUAUUUGGUCCGUUAAAUUAAUUUCAGUUUUCUUUAUCCUAGAUUUCUGAUAUAUAUUGUUCAUGUUUUAAUAUUCCUGCUUAAUUUUUAUGCUUCCUGUGAAGGCAAGGGGUUGUAAGGUAAGAACUUACUUACAUAUAUAAAACAUUCACUAUAAAGUAUAUUUUAUCUGAUUUGGAAAAUUAUAACCUACAGAAGCGUCAAGUAAUACAUAUACAGACAAAAUCCUAGGGAAUACAAUGAUGCAAUGAAUAUACCAUAUUCUUCCGCCUAUAAGACUCUUCCAUGUAUAAGACACCCCCUAUUUUGGGGGACUCAGAUUUAAGAAAAUGUAUCUGUGAAGAAGACGCCCCCUAAUUUUUGACAUUAUUUUUAAGGGGGGAAACCUAGUCUUAUACAUGGAAAAAUACAGUACUUCCUCUUUGCUAUUGGAAAGUUUCUAGUGCAAUCAAAUGAGGCUGAUAAAAAACAGAAAAGAUGCAUUCCUCUGAUGGCAGUUUUUGUGUCCAUGAAUAUACAUACCUUAUACAUCUUCUGUGUGCCAUAUAGGUUAUAGCUUCUAGCUCAGCACCAGACAGGAAACUUGUCAUAAGCAGUGUCUAUAAGCAAUGUCUAUUAGUUUCAGCGUUCUGGAGUUGACUCUUCUUUCCUUCAUUCUUUUUUAAUCACUAGCUUCAGUGUCUAAGGAGCUGGUUCUAGAGCCAAACUAGAUGUUAAAUGUAUGAUAUAUCUUUAACCGUUUUUUAAAAAAAGUAAGUGUGCAUGUUAGGAUAUUGGCACAGAAGGAAGGUGGUUAAUUACUCCCCCCUGCCUGUUUCUGGAAAAUCACAUCACUCUCUCCAACUGAUCCUGACUUUAAUCAAGAAUCUGCCGUAGGUACCUAUUGCAGUUUCUGUGUAGAGCAAAUAGAAAUUUGUAGAGUAUUGUGAUUUUCAUCACAAAAGCAGCGAAGGAACAAUGACAAUUUAUUGAUAAAAUCUGGUAUCUUCAAAAAAACAAAACCUUGAGGAAUUACAUGUUCAGAUUUCACCGAUAGCUUAUAUGAGUUUGCACUUCUUUGAUUUUUUUUCAAUCUCCAAAUACAGUGUUGUGAUUUAUACCUAAGCAUAAACAACAAAGCAGAACAGCUCUUUCCAAGUCAUAUAUCUGUUCUGUGUAUUUUGGAAUUUGUAUGAGUUGUUUGAAAAGGAUUUAUAAAAUAGUAAUAUAAUACAGAGGGGGAAAUAGACUCAGAACCGGGUCAUCAAAAUUACUCAUACAAGAGUUACAUUAUUAUGAGUUGUAUUCAAAGUUGUAUUCAAAGGAAGCCGUUCCAUCAGUGCAAGCAUUUCUGCUUGCCUGAUGGGACUAUGUCUCUUCUCCUCCCCGUAUGUGCUGUUCUGCUGAUCCUCCAGAAUUGGUUCUGAGGAAGUGGGGGGGGUGGAGAAGAGGGGGAGGAAGCCUCAUUGCACUAGUGAGCAUCAUUGCAGUGUUUUCCACUACUGCUGUGAUUUAUUUGAAUAUGGCCCAAUGUGUACAAGCCGUUCCUGCUAAUGGUUGUGAUAAAAAUGGCAACAGUACGCUAAGGCUGCUGUCUUUGUUGUAAAACUUUGAUUUAUUUCCCUGUCAUGUCUUGGUAAAUAAAUACUUAUUUAGAGGAUUAUCACACACCUCCUGGCCCACUCACUUUCAUGGCCACUACUUCUUCAGUUCCCCAUUGCCAGUGUCAUUCUGAAUGCAAUUCUGCUUUUCCCAGUUUCAACCUAAGAGCCUUGAACCCGGCAUGUGGCUCUGUACUGCCCUUUGUUGGAUAGUGCUGAGUCUGGUACAAGUGCAGCUCUGAUUUCCCUUCUUCUAGCCUCCAAAACCUAGGGGAAGGAGUGAUUGUAUCCUGUGAGUCUUGGGUACAGUUUUCUGCUUGGGUUUUCGCCUGGGGUACUUGCAAUUAGCUAUAUAUGAGUGAAAAAAUUACAAAGCUGCCUCAUUAUUAACAGGUGAAGACUUAUGAAAAAGUAAUGAGAAUUUGAUAUGAGAAUUAGUGACUAGUGUAAUGAUUAGAGGAGCACCCCAGGCAUACCCACAAUAAUUUGAUCCAGAAACUUGGUAAGCAAGGAGAAGCAUGAAAAAUGGAGUUUUCCAAACCAUCCUUUUCUGUACUAAAAAGCUAUAUGAGCAAAUAUUUUCUGUCUUAUUUGCAAUUAUAUUGCCUUUGUUUAAUGAAACCUGUGGAAUAUCAAGUUAGACAUCAUUUUCCUGAAAGCUUGUAAAAGUUCUUCUCCUGCAUCACUGUUCUAUUGUGCGGUGUUGGAGCAUGCUUGAUGAGCCUUCUUUGCCAAAUAGAGGAACUUGAGUAAAUAGUUAGCAAACUUACUCUUUUGUGCCCCAAAAGAGGUAAUAUAUUCCUUCUCAUUUUCCUUACACUAUGGACUCUUCCUCUCCCAACACUCCUUCACUUUCCUAUUCCUUUUCCCUAUGCCGCCAAACUACUCCUCUCUUGCAAAUCAUGUCUCAACUUUUUUAAAAAUCCCUCUCCAUCUUAUACCUGUAAAUAUUACCUUUGUAAACAAAAAAACACAACCACAAAAUAAAAUCUCUUACACUUGGAUAUUGCCAGAGGAUCCGUUCAACACAAUUCUACAUAAUAUCUUUUCUGCUAUAAAAUAAUUUUAGUGUUUGAUUUUCUUAUCUUAAAACACACUUUUCACCAAUUCAUCAUUAAACCAAACUGGAAUAAGUAAUCAUUCUCUCUUCCUUCUGCUGCUGAAAAGAGGUUCCAGGUAAUGCUUUUACUUUGCUAAUGUCUUUUUCAUAUUUCAGCACCAUCUUCCAUUUCCACGCAAAGCUGUCUUGUCAUUUUGGUGUCCCUAAUACACAUAUACAUGUUCCUACCAGCCUUCAACAUCUUGCUGUCAUGCUACUUUCUGUACAUAUAUAGAACUCUGCAAAUGUAAACACUUCUAUUCACCCUGAGGCUCAUUAAAUUUGCUAAAUUUAACAAUAUUUUUAAAAGUACUGUACAUAAACAAAACAAAGUAGAAUUACAAGUUCAAGAAAAUCUUAAGGACCUUUUCAUAUAGUAUGCUUCCAUAGAAAUUUCCCCUAUGAAUCUAGUUAUUAUUUUGUUUAUUGGCACAUUCAUAUCCCAGCUCAAGAUGGAGUGCAUGGUUAUUCCCACCUAUUUUACUUUCACAGCAUAACAUAUUUAGAGAGAAGCCUUAUUUAGUAGCUGGCUAAGCAAAAAGCUGCAGGAAGUUCUCUUUGCCUAUAGGUUUGUUACCUAUUUAGCACUACGCUCUUCAAAGAGAUAUUAGUACUAUUUCCUUCAUGUACGGAGGUAUCUGUUAGGACCUGUUUACUCCAUCAUCUGCUGCUUUUCAGAAUCUCACUCACUGCUUUGGUGAAUCUUCUGCUUUUCUGUUCUUUCUCUUACAUUGUCUUUCUGUGUCCACCUCACUGACAUGGGUGCUUAUUUCUGUCCCAAAGCUGUUAUUUCUCCUGUCACAGAGCACAGUUUUCGGAAGCAGUUUUGACUUCUUCAUUUAAACCAUGUGCAGCUGCUACCUUAAAAUGACAUCAGAAUGAUAGAUGUCACUAUUAUUUUCAGUUUCAGUGGCAAAUCUUGAGUCUGCUGUAAGGAAUAAUUGGUAACUUGUUUCAGUGUCAUCUAUGCUUCCUAAACGAAUAGAGUAUGUUUAAAGGUGUAGGAUGAGGACUGUACUACCUCAAUAUGGAAGUGGGAGGAUUGCAUGCUUGGAAUUAUACCACAUGCCCUCACCAACGCUUGAAUCAGCUCUUAGCAAAUGAAGUGUACCUGUAUGCAUAAAUCCAAUAUAUUAAGUGGAAGUGGAACCACCUUAAAAACCUUGGGAAAGUAAAUAAUGGUAAGUUUGGGACCCCUUUCCCUCCCUUAGUAUGAGGCUGCAUCAUUUACUUGGCUGAAACUUAGGACUCAGCUACACGGGUCAAUUAUAACGUUAUAUGUGCAUUAUAAAAAUGUGGCGCCAGAUGGUGCUGUAGAGCUGAAAUCCAAAGUGAAUGGUAAAUUGCAUUGGGAGCUUUUAUAGCAGUCUUUUUUCAUAGUUCUUUAAAAUAUCUGUGUAGAUCCAUCCUUAUAUCUAUCCACGUGGGUUAUUGUUGGCAUAGGGGUGUCAUGUUUGUGUCAUUGCCCAAACAAAGAUUUGGGCCUAAUACAACGCUAUGCCAGAAUGACAGUUGCUGUUAACUACAGUUGCCAUACAUCCAGAUUUCUCCAGAGAUGCCCAAGAUUCCAAAGGUGAUUUUUUUUUAAUUUUGAAAAAUGUCCGGUUUUGGGGUAGGGGCGCACUGAGGGAGCAGGCAAGCAGUCUGUCUAUCAGUCUGAUGGGCAUCUGGCUGGCUGAGCAGACCCCGCUUCUCCUCCUUGCAAAGUUAAGAGCCGUGUUGGGCAUCCCUUCUUCUUCUCCUCCCCUCAGUGGCCUCUGGGCCCAGGCCUGGCUGGAGGUCCCACCACUGCAGAGCCACUCACCGGAGGAGGAAGCUGUGGGAUGAGGAGCCUCCCACACAGGCCUCCCUCCUCCUCCUCCUCCUCUUCCUCCUGCUUUUCCGGGAGCGCAAUGUAGAAGCAGCCCCUUUUCUUGCUCCCCUUCCCCACAGUGACUACAGCUGUUCCUCUCCCCCCUCCAAAGUAGAUAAGCAGUCCCAGCAGAUGGCCCAUCAACCCGAGGCAAGUCCAAUGCACCCCUGCCACACAACCUUCUUUCUGAGAAAACAUAGUCUAAUAAAGCCCUCUCAAAGCAAGAGCUAUGAAUCUUGAGUCUAAAAAGUAUACUCUAUUCAGAUGAUAACUUAUUUAAGAUUGCAUAGUUACUGGAAGUGUGCCUCACUGAACACAGUAGGUUCCAUAAACAUUCACUUUUUAUAGUUUGUGAGGGGUUACUGAUUUUCUUGUUCAAUAAGGUUUCCUUGAUAUCAGUUCUGCAAUAUCCAAAUAAAACAUGUGUUUGUACCUGCAGCCUCAUUUGUGUAACUUUAGAUUUAGUAUCAUUUUAGAAAUGUUUUAAGUAUGUGAAUUGGUUCAUCUAGUUUCUUAGAAUUCUAGUACACUUUAGAGAACAAAUCUACAUGCAGUUUUGGAGGCUUAACUCUUAUUUACUUCCACUACCAUUCCUAAGUAUUGAAGGAAGAAGGGGGGUGGGAAUCAAUUUAAGUAUAGGAAUUACUAACUUGUACUUUAUACCAACCCUGAGCACAGGAAAGGUACUUAUUUUGGAAACUGAUUUCAUUUCACAAACAUAGCUGACAUUCCUUAUUCUGCUGUGGCUUCCACAACAUUGUGCUUUUUAGCCCUCUGUUAUAUACAGUAUGUUCACUGCCUGUGCCAUGUCAUCAUAUCAUAUAUGUUUAGCAGGGAUCAGAGUGGUCUCCAGGAUCUCUGCUCCAUUAUCAGGAGCCUAGUAAUAGCAUACAAAACCCCAUCCUUUCACUCAAAGCCCAUGCCUUGUCCUCUGAGUCCAGCCCCCUCCAUAUUGCUCUACCCCAUAUACUGCCAUCAGUCUCAGAAGUAGUACAGUAAGACUGGAGAUCUUUAUCAGUGGUCUGUGUUACAUCACCAACCUGAGCUUGUCAAAUUGUCUUCAUUCUUUGCUUUUGUCAUUAAAGUAAUAGAAAGUGCAUGUCAUGCAAUGUUUUAAAAUUUGAUGGUACUGAACAUUAAAGUGUGUAUUAUAAAAUUGUGUAUUAUAAAGUGUGUAUUAUAAAAUACAAUCAUGAUUUUCUGGUUAGGCCCUUGAUGUCUUUGGGUGGCUGGGGCACAAAUAUUAUUUAUUUAUUUAUUUCAUGUUGCAUAUGCACAUUUAAAACAAAGAAUAUUGGGAACUAGUUUUUUUUAUUUUUAUAGGAAAUUAUACCUCUGUGAUGGAUAAAUUACAGUUCAUAGGAUUCUUUGCGGUUUGCCAAGUGCUUUAAAUGUAUUAUGAAUGUAUGGUGUGCAUGCAUACAAUAAAAACUGUACUGACCAGAUAGUAGAACAACAAUGAGGAGAUUAGGAACAGAGGAACUAUGAAUGCUAUAAAGCAACAGAAAGCUAAUAACUGCUAAUAAUGAUGAUGAUGAUGAUGAUAAUUUAUACCCCACCCAUCUAGCUGGACUUCCCCAGUCACUCUGGGCGGCUUCCAACAAAUUAUUAAAAUACAGUAAUGCAUCAAACAUAAAAUACAGUAAUGAAUCAAACAAUAAAAGCUUCCCUAAACAGGGCUGCCUUCAGAAAAGAUAGCUUUGCUGUGAACAAGUGUAGGAAACAAACCAGUGUUGGCUUAGCAUUUCAUGUGAAUCUCAUGGUUUGUGUUCUUGCACAAUACAAGGAGAUGGAUGGGUGUGUUCAUUAAGAGCCAUGACUUGUAAGAUCAUGUAUUCCAUCAUGUGUGCACUGCACCAUUGGAUUAUUACUUUCCACAUGGUGGAAAUAUACAACAUUGAGCAAAAGAAAUAAUAAAAUAUACAUAAUAAAACAACUGUUUAUAAAAUGGUCCCUAUGGUACAAGCACAGCCUUGUUUUUAAGCACGUGUCUGUCUGGUGGCCAUUGGUGACUAGGAAUUGCACACACAAGAGUGAAUGGAAUCCCAUGCAGGUGAGUAACUGAGCUGGUCAAAGAGGGAUGAAGCACUCUGUUGACUUCACUGUACCCAACAUAGUAACGAAGGCACUGCUAGAGGAGGGUAGCCUCUUCCUCCUCAAUCAGUAUAGAAAUGAACCUCUCUGCCCCUUCUUUGCCAGCCCCCAGCAGACUGGUAUCAUUUCUUUGUAGGGUAAUAACUUUCAGGGUUUGUUUAUAAGGCUGUCCUAGCAAGGUAUCUUACAGCUUUCUCUACCCAGGCGACAGUUCAGAAGAUGCUGUUUUAGUACUGAAUGGGUGACAGACAACCUUUUCUUAUUCACAGUUCUUUGUUUCAGACCACCAGUUAGUAGGGCAUUGCCUCAGCCUGAAAAACUUCAGACAAAUAACGUUGGCAAAAAAAAGAGACCUAUAGAGGUAAGAAAACAUGCUAUUCUUAUUAACAUUCUCAUUUAAACUUCAUUAUAACCAACUAUAUGGGGUGUAAUAGAAAUUUAAUUAAACAGCUUCUGUAAACAAAUGCCUUGUGGACAAACAGGCAGAAUAAGUGAUAAUUUAUUCUGCAUCUAUGUAAAGGGAUCUUUCAAUAGCCCAGACAGACUGGCAGAAUAAAAGGGGAAUUUGGGGGCAAACUUGUGGGCUGGUCAAUACUGCAAGCAGAAUAUUCCCUGUUUACCCCCAAUAUAUUUGUGGUGAAGUGAGUUACAGGAUUUUUCUUGAUGCUUUGCAACACUAUUAAAAUAAAAAAAAAUUAAAUUCAUUAAACAGUUUGUACAGUGCUGUUCAAAGAUGAAAUCAUGAAAUAGCUUUUAUUCACAAGGAAGCUUGUGGUGAUCAUAAAUCUGUUUUCUUAGGAUCUAGUGCUGGAGCUGGUGUUUGGCUAUCGUGGUAGAGAUGGCAGGAACAAUGUGCACUAUUUGAAUGAUGGUGCUGAUAUAAUUUAUCACACUGCAUCUGUUGGAAUUCUGUACAAUGUGGCAACAGGUAGGAAACAUAUACAGUAGAUUCCAUCUGGCGUUGAUACAGUGUCUUUAUUUUCUCUCUCUUUUUCUUUUCCCCUCAUAGAUGUGAUAUUUGUACUUUAAAUAAUAUACCGUAUUUGUCUCUGUAGGCUCUCAGUCUUUUUACCAGGAACAUAAUGAUGAUAUUUUGUGCCUCACUAUAAAUCAGCACCCCAAGUUUAUCAACCUUGUGGCAACUGGCCAAGUAGGUAUGUUUGUAUUUUUUAAAAAAGAAAUUAAUAUAUAUGCAUGAACAGUUAGUCAUGUGAAUUCAUAGAUAGAAGAAAGCAUUUGCUUAUGCUGCUUCUGUUUGUAUGAAUGUUACUCAGUUACCUGUGCCAAUUAUAUUUUUUCUUGUAACACUGAAAAUUAUUUUAAAAACACAUUGAUGCUUAAGGAUACUAAUGCUAUAUUUUAUUGCAGAUUUAUCAAAAUGAUUUUUUAAAGCUAUUGAGCCCCAUUUAAUCGCAAAACAUUUUCUUUUUUGAUUCCACAUCUGCCACAAUGUACACUAUCAUGUCCAGCAUACACAACACAGAGCAAAAUGCCCAUUGCUGUGAGAUGGACGAAGGAAUGCAGGGACCCCCUAGGGGUGCAAAGCAGGUCUGUGUGCUUUGCAGAUAGAUGCAUUGUGUACAAACUCCACAAUAUCUUCUGUGAAGACUGAGAAGCUAUAGCAGUGUAGGUUGUACCUUCACAUCAAUACUGAGCCCAUGUAGACUAGUAAACAAUCCCGCAAACUCUGCCACCCUAGGAUACCUUGGUCCUCUAUAACAUCCUGCCAAGUGCUAAGGGCUGGAUUUUUUUCUUUUUCCUACCAUGCACCCAGUGCAGCUAUGUGAUAAAGUAUUACCUGUUACAGCAUUAUACUGUUUUCAAUAGACAUUGAUGAUCAUUCACUUAUUUAGGAGAAACGAAGAGGAAAAUAUACAGUACACUUUUGAAGCAGAGAUAAUAUAAAAAGAUUGAGCUUUCAAAAUAUGUAACAAAAUCAAAAUCAAAAGUGCACUAAUUGAAAAGCAGUGAUCAUAAACAAUCCAGCGCACAGUAAUCAGAACAAAUUGUCAAAUGGGUUGAUUAAAGUUUUGCAGGGAUGAAAGUGGUCCCUUUUGUACAAAAACCAUUGCCAAAAGCUAAUCAUAUAAUUUGGGGUAGGAAAGUAUUUCUGCAAUUUGAUUUAAAAUGAUGCUAAAUAUGUACCAGAACACAAGGUAUUUAGCCAGAACAGAUGGAAUUUUGAACUGCAGUCUGGAAGAUUCUCAAAUCCAAACAUGAUAUGGUUUAAAUGACAUGUUUAAGGUAGAUGUCAUGAUCCAGCAAUUGAUUCUGAGAGUAGGUGCACCAGUGUAUGCACAGAAUUCCCUAUACUUCUCAUUUGAGAGAGGGAGGCUUCUUUAAAAGAAUGUACAAGUAGAUCUGCUCGUUUCAUUUAAAUGAGUGUUGAACCUGCAUCCUUGAGAUCUCUUUCUGCCUUCAAGAACACAUAUAGAAUCUGGAUCUGAACUAUGAACUUAAUAUCACAGAAAAUAUGUUAAGAGUGGCAAUUAUGACAGUGGUCAUUGCUGGAUCUAUUACGUUUUUGGAUGUUGAUACUUUUUACAAACACAUUGAGUUGGUUAAGAUCUAACAAAACAUGGAUUGGAGGAUCAGGAAUGUGCUGUGGACUUGUAUUCUUCCUCCCCAUGUCUCCGCAGGCUCAGGUUUGAUUACUUACGUCCUGUUUAGCACAAAGAAUUUGCCAUCAUGUCUGAACGAAAAACUGUGCUUACCAAUUCUGGAUUAGAGGGCAAAUGUAAACCACCAUUCAGCAAACUAUGACCUAUUUUAAAUAAGAAAUUACUAACUGAAUCUUAAUGCAGAAGGGGAAAGAGGGAUAAGGAAAAGAAAGUAGAUGAGUCCAAGGCUCACUCGUGUAAUGUGAAACCAUGGCAUUACACAUAGUCCUCUGCUAUUUUUUCCCAACUGUUGAAAGAAAGAUUAUUUUAAACCAUCUCUAACCAAACAGUUUUGCUCUCCAUGCAACUGAGAAUUCAACAUCACUCAAGUUUGUUUAAUUUCUAACUAAACAUUGUUCAAGGAAAGGCAUCUCCAUGCCACUCUGUAUAUUCUGUUAGUGGAAGCAAUAACAACUAACUAUAUAUGGAUAGUAAGUUCCCGUUUAAUAUACCUGCCACAGGGUUCAUAUUGUUAGACAACAAUUCUGAAACCAAAGCUUGUACUUUAUACCACAUAUAUUUUAGUUAUCAUUUUCAUUCUGGUUGUAAUUAUUUUUCUGCUGCUUUUCCAUUACAGGAGACACAGCAGAUAUGUCAGGUAAGGGAAACUAAAUUUUAACACCUUCAGGUAUAACUAGGUUUUUUGACAUUACGCACAGUACUGUAGGUAGGUUAACUGAAUAUAUUUCCAUGAUAUCAAAUGCUACAACAUUAGCACCAAACACAAAAUUCAACAAGAUAUAAAUAUGCAAGAUUUCCUUUAGAUGAAGUCAAAGAAUAAUUUUAACACAUUCUAAAGUUUAUUGUAUUAUACCCACCACAACCACCCCAGUGUUUUGAUAAGUGAUAAAACAUUUUAUAACCUAUUUUCUUAUUUAUAUAACUUUUAAUUAAUUCAGUUUCUGGAAAAUCAUUGGGGCUGACAACAAAUGUUUCUGUUAUAAAUAUUAUUUUGUUUAGCUAUUCACUCAAGAGGCCUUGGUGACUGAGUUAAUAAAGAAAUCAUCUUUCUCAUUUACUGUAUUGUCAUGCAGUUUUUACCAGCCAUCCAGAAUGCUUAUGAGUGCUAUCAAAUCCAUUUUGUGAAAUAUCAUUAUGUUCCUUUGAAAGUCAUAGUCUCAGCUGUGAUCUUGUAUAGUUGUUUUCAUCUUGCAUGAAUAGGUAGUCAUAUUACAUAGAUGUGUAUCAAACAGCUGACAGAAAAGGAUAAUGCACAUGCUUGCCUAUGUAGAGCAGUUGUUGUUGUUUCUGAACUCUUAUCUAUGUGAUUCCCUUGAUUAUAAUGUCUUGUGCCACUUGUGUAGCCUAUAGUGCACAAUCAGAUAUUAUGUCUCAGCAUAGUAUGUUCCUCCUAGGACACAUGAUGAGGAUAGAAGCCUAGCCUUUUAGAUUUCCACUGUGGUCCCUGUUGACCAUUGUCACAUUCCAAAACAGCAUCGAGCACAUUUCAGAACUGGCAGAGUGUGGCCUGGGAUUGUGUAGUGCUGAAAAAUGCACUGGAAAACAUAUUUCCCUCAUAUAUUUCAGUCUUCUAUAGACUCUUACCACCCAUGAAUGCCCCUGUACCAUAUAUAGAUAUCUUUACUUUAUUGCACAGAUGACUUGUUGGGUUCCGACCUGGCAUUCAUACAAUGCAUUACAAGCAAUGUAUUACAAUGUAUUACAAAUUAGAUUAACAGUACAGGCCUCACUCUGUCUUCUUGGAAGUAAGUCCUAUUGAAUUCUGUGGGGCUUACUCUCUAGUAAGUGCACUUAGGAUUGCAGUCUAAAUUGUAAACUUGUGAACUGCAGUCUGUAUUCAUGCUUUGUUCCCUUGUCAUUAAACAAAUGUAAGGGUGUGUAUAAUUUUAUAUAGAUAAUUUAAAAUUCAGUUUUUUGUUCUUGUGUUAAGGGGGAACUGAAUGAGACUUAAGAAGAAGAAGGUUCUGCUGUUAGAUGUAUCUUUUCUAGAUUUGGGUAAUACUUUCCCAAAUGAGCACUUUUUGCAGUGUUGGCUUCAGAAAGCAAGAUUAUAAUUUCAGGUUUUGUUCUUUUAAUUAAAGUUAGUUGAAUUAUUUAAAUGUUACAAAUCCUACAAGCUUUAACCAACAAAAUAAUUUACUGAUCUUCUUAUAUUUGUACAGCUACAGCACCUUGUAUUCACGUAUGGGAUGCAAUGAAUAAGCAGACAUUGUCUGUAUUGCGAUGCUACCAUUCAAAAGGCGUUUGUUCAGUCAGUUUUAGUGCCACUGGCAAGCUUCUUCUGUCUGUAGGGCUGGAUCCUGAACAUACCAUUACCAUUUGGAAAUGGCAGGAAGGUAGGAAGGUAUUUUGUUUGUCUAAAACACAUUUAUCUUGUUCAUUAACCACUACUUAUUGAUACAAUACAAUUGUCUAUAUGUGACUUUGAAUUACAAUUCAUUCUUCCUAUUAGGUGCCAAAAUCGCUAGUAGAGCUGGUCAUAAUCAGCGUAUUUUUGUAGCAGAAUUCAGGCCUGACUCCGACACACAAUUUGUUUCAGUAGGAGUAAAACAUGUGAGGUUCUGGACACUUGCUGGAAGAGCACUUCUAAGUAAAAAAGGACAAACAAGUUCAAUAGAAGAUGCACGAAUGCAGACUAUGCUGUCUGUAGCAUUUGGAGCUGUAAGUAAAUAAACAUACUCUUUACUACAGUUACUCUUUUUACUGUUGAUGUUUCCAUGUUUUCAUUAAACUAUGACUGCCUUUACUACUUUAAAGACUAAGCAGCUCAAACAUAAGUUGCAUUAUAGAUUUUGGAAGCCAUUGAAUAGUAUUUAAACACUUUGCCUUCCAAUGCAGAUAUUUUGUAUAUUUAGAAAAACUGAUUUAUUUAGAAAAAUAUUUUUAAAAACAUUUGAGGGUAUUGAGGAAAGUUCUAGUAGUGAUUCAGACUUCUCUGAUAAAAACUAGUUCUGGAGCGAAUGUUUUAUGAGCAGUUACCAAUAUUGUGCUGCAUCCAUAAUUCGCUAGAAUCUGAUUGAAACCUCGGUUGAGUACCAGAUCUGAACAUUUUCCCCUCUAUAUUAUAAACUCAGAACAUUAUUUAUUUAUUUGUUUGUUUGUUUAUUUAUUAAAUGAUGUUUGAAUCUUGCCAGAAUGGUCAAAUGCAGUUUUAAAUACAGAUACAAGAAAAUCUAAUCAGAACCAGCAGAAAACUCACAUAAAAAACAGAAUAAACGGUAAUUGCGUAUUAAGAUCCCCAGGAGCUUCCCAAAAAAUAAAGACACAAUUGACACGGAUUUUAGUUUUUAGGUUAUUGGCAUAAUUUUGGCCACAACUUUAUUGAUUACAGAUAGUGAGGGGUUUGUUUAGGCAUUGGUUCCCGACUAGCUGCACCUGACCGCAGCAGGGCAGCACUGACGACUGGGCCCCACCAGGUCAUCAGUACAGGUAAACAUCGUGGGGGAGCAUUGGUCCAGGAUCAGACCCAAGCUCACCCCAAAUGCUCCCUGGGACUCUUGUGUGGCCCUACCCCCCCAAAAGGGGUCAACAAAAACAUGGCGAGUCUCUGGAUUCCUUUAAUGGAAUACCUUUGUGCAUUGGAGGGGACAGGUGCUCCAAUCCCCCCUCCAGAUCACCUCAAACCGAUGCCUAACCACCAAACCUUACAAAAUUGUGACAAUUUGCUAUGCGGCAGGCGAAACCCAAGUGGCACCAGCCAAUCAACCAAAUGGGAAAAUUCCUACCAGGCCCCUGUCCCAAAACAGACGACCCACGACGGCAUAGCAAGGUCAUAGCAAGACCCUAAAUAUAGGGGGGGUGGGCGGGUGAUCCGGUGCAGGAGGCGAAAAGAGGAAGCUCUAUGCAAUGUGCAGUGGUAUAUAAAGGUCCCUCAGUUAAUACACAAAAUUCCCCAUUGGCCAGAUUUGCCCAGCAACCGAGGGACCACCAAUCAGGGUUGUUGUGGCUAUCCAAUCGCUCCCACCCACACAAACAGUGAGGUCAGUCCUGAUGAUCUCACUGCAACACGUGCCCUCUGAGGAGCACUCAAUUUACAAGAAAAUCUCCAAUACCAUUAGAAAGCCACUGAAGUGCAACAGAACAGGACAGACUUCUCCUGACACAUAAAAAAAUGUUAAGAAGGUGCAAGGCAAACCUUUCUGGGGAGGGAGUUCCAUAUUGAUACUACCAGAGAAAAUGACAUUUUAACUGGCUUUGAGAACAGGAAAACCUGGACAAGGGCCAAUCUUAAUUAGCAGGCAAGUUUCUAUGGGAGAAGGUAGUGCUUUGUUUCCAGGCCAUUAAAGUAUUGAAACCGUAAAACCAAUAUUUUUAACUGAUAACAUAAAUCAUUUUGCUGAAGAUCGUUUGAACUGGUAUAAAAUGCUUGUAGCAGUUAACCACAGUUAGUAUUCUGUCCACUGUGCUCUGCACCAUCUGUAGUUUCAUUAUAAAUAUAUGCAUUUCCCCCCUUUUGAAAUCAUGUGAUGAACACAUUCCCUCCCUCCUUUUCAGAAUAAUUUGACAUUUACAGGUACAAUCAGUGGAGAUGUGUGUGUUUGGAAAGAACAUAUACUGAAUCGAAUUGUAGGCAAAGCUCACAAUGGGCCCAUAUUUGCAAUGUACACAACACUACGAGAUGGCUUAAUUGUAACAGGAGGCAAGGAGAGGCCGUGAGUCUCGUUUUCUUACAGAUACAUUUUACAAAUAUAUUAAUGAAUGCAUAAAUGUGUUGAAGUAAAUUACACUGUGGUAGUUCUACUUUUAAGUAUAUACAAUUCAUUAUUUGUACAUAAGUAAAUUGACAGCCUAAACCUAUUUAUCUCUAUUUGCUGUAGCAGAGCAAGUAGCGACUUUUACUGACACAGCAACCAUGGCAACUCUUGUUAAAUGUUAGAAAAAUUCCCUACCUAAUUAUUUACAAUGAGUAAAACAGGAAACUGAUUUGAAUGAUUUCACCUGUUUCCCACUAGUAUUGCAUGGUUUGCUGCUAGACUCAAUCUUCUUUAGCAUAAUACUAAUAAGCCUUUCAGCAAAGUAAUCAUUUCAAAGUGAGUGACUGACUUUAAGAAAUAAUCUUGUAUUUUUUAUGUUUUCCUAUAUUCUUACUGCAACAAAAUGUAUUAUAAAGUAAGGAGUACCCUCAGUCAUUUUCUCUCACAUAGGAAAGAGUUAAGCAUGUACUAGAUUAUGUUUAAGAUUAGGGGAAUGAAUACCGGUACCCAAGUCAAGGGAGUGAAAAGUUGAGCAGUCACGCUCUCACUGGCUAGCAUAUUAGCCUUAACUACAAUGUGACAUGAAAUAGUUAAAAUAACAGAAGCGUCUACAAAAUAGUAAACAUGUGCUUAACAACUAUGACAAAUGUGGAAAUCUAAAAAUUACAUACUCUUAAGUGAGCUAAAACCAUUGCAAAAUAGUUUGUGGAUAGCAAAACUGACAUAAUAUUUUAUAUUUUAAAAUAGCGGUUUUAAUUAUUCAUUUGUAAAUCUCAACUGUGAUAUCCAUUGAAUGAAUGGAAUAUGGGAUUUGAAUACAUGCAUUUUACAUUGAGCGAUUUUAUCUAUUCUUUCUAUAAUGUUUCUUUAUUUUCACUAGAUCAAAAGAAGGUGGAGCAGUUAAACUAUGGGAUCAGGAGCUAAGGCGGUGUCGUGCCUUCAGAUUAGAGACAGGACAGAUAAUUGACUGUGUUCGCUCUGUGUGCAGAGGCAAAGUAAGUGCUGGUCUCCUUAAAGAGAUGACAACAUCUAUCAUGUUGAUUCAUAUUGGUUUUAUAUCAUCUUUGCUUAUUUGUCAGCAACCUAUUUUUUCUGUUUGUUUCUAAGCAUCAUAGCAUGGCCACUCUCAAUUUUAGCUGUUAAAAUUCUAUUCAAAUAUUAGACAAGAAGAGCCUGUUAGACAAAAGGCUUAUGUAGUCCAGUGCUCUGACUGUGGAGGUAGCAUAUAGCCAUCACUAUUAGUAGCUACCCCAUGUAACUACUCCAUGAAUUUUGUCUAAUCCCCAUUUAAAGCCAUUCAGAUUGGUGACCUUCACAACAUGUUGAGGAAGCAUAUACGCAUGUUGGCAUUUUUGGUAUUUAGUUUCUUUGUUGUACCUUUCACUGCUGUUUCUUGACUUGGGCAAUACUCUAGCAAUAUUGAGAUCCUCUCUGGUGCAUGAAAAUAUUGAGGAAGGGAGAGAAAGAAAGGAGGAACACUGAUAGGAGAAAAGUGGCAGUUUUCACAACAGGAGAGGUUUGAGCAAAGAGGGGAUGGAGGAACACACAGAGAGAAAGGGAGGAACAAUGAGGGCUAUCUUUUUGUUCUUUAAGUUUUAACAAGCAGAAAGAACGAAUAUGUCUACAACACAGAAGCACAAGCUAGCACCAAAAAGCUAACAUGGAUACAGCACAGUCUUUCCCAAUUUCCUUCUUGCUCUACUCAAAUCUUUCCCAGUGUUUAAAAUGAGAAUGUGUGUGCAAAGGGAGGCGGGCUGCAAAAUAGAAGAGAGGAGGAGGUGGCGUGGAAAUGGGGAUGGUCUGUGUGCAAGGGACACUUGAAAAGAGGUGGGAGAAGGCGGGUGGGGAAGGAGGUGGAGGUGAAAACCAGGCAGUGCAAAGGGGUGUGAAAAACAAGGAGGGAGGAAGAGGUAUGGAAAUGAGUAUGAAGGUGAAAAAAGGAGUACAAGAGGCUUCAGAAAUAGGGCCUGGAAAGGUGAAAAGGGAGCUUAGUAGUUGCAAGGGAAGCUCAGGGGUUAACAUGGGGGAAAUAGUAGGAGGUUAGCAAUCAGAGUGAGCAAGGAUCCUGCCCCCCUAGUAUUUAAUAUUUUCAUGAUUUCAACAAUUCCUUUAGUGGAAAUAUGUUCAUGAUUUCUAAGUUACUAUGCAUAGAUUCAUGUUACCCCUCAUCAACAGAUGCUAUUUUUAAAAAUAGUUUUCAUUAACUGAACAUUGUUCCAGGGGAAAAUUCUUGUUGGGACAAAGAAUGCUGAAAUAAUAGAAGUUGGAGAAAAAAAUGCAGCAUGUAACAUUCUAAUUAAUGGUCACAUGGAUGGGCCUAUCUGGGGACUAGCAACACACCCUUCUCGUGAUGUUUUCCUUUCUGCUGCAGAAGAUGGGACAGUCAGACUCUGGGAUAUUGCUGAUAAAGUAGGUAUAAAAAUUACAGUAAGACUAUAUAAUUGUUUAGAAAAAUUAUACAUUAAAAAUAAAUCCACUGAGAAAACUUGCACAUAUUUUCUUUUAAAUGUAUUUCCAGGAAUUAAGUAAACGUAAGAGCUAAAAAUAAAUCGUGACAUAAUCUUGCUAUGCUAUAUUCAUUGUACAUAAAUGGAAACAUUUAAUUGUGCUUCCUUUUAAAAACCAAUUCUCACAGAAGAUGGUGAACAAAGUAAAUUUGGGCCACGCAGCACGCACUGUGUCUUAUAGUCCAGAGGGCGACAUGGUGGCUAUUGGCAUGAAAAAUGGAGAAUUUAUUAUCUUGUUAGUGAACUCUUUGAAAAUAUGGGGAAAGAAAAGGGACAGAAGAUCAGCCAUUCAGGACAUCAGGUGAGAUAUCAUGUUCCCUUACCUGCUGUGGUUCUGGAUUCUCUAAAAAUUAUAUCCGCAUCUUGUUGGAUAUGGUAGAUGUGCAUGCAUGAGGAUGCAGCGUUAAGAACAUAAGAGUAUCCCUGCUAGAUCAGACCAAAGUCCCAUUUAUGCCAGCAAUCACUCCCCACAGUGGCCAACCAGGUGCCUAUGGGAAGUCCACAAGGACAUGAAUGCGACAGCAAGGAGACAUGAAUGUGACAGCACUCUGUCCAGUCAUGUCCCCAGCAAAUAACUAUUAAUCUCAGAGUCAUGGGUCAUCCUGUAUUGCAGGGGGUUGGACUAGAUGACUUUUAUGGUCACUUCCAAUUCUAUGAUUCUGGAAGUUCACAGCCAUCAUGAUCUAGGUAUUGAUAGCCUUAUCCUCCAUGAAUUUGUCUAAACUCCUUUUUAAGGCCAUCCAAACUGGUGGCAAUCACAAGAUCUUGUGGUAGUGAAUGUACUGUGUGCACACUACUGCCUGUCACCAUUUUUUGAAGGGAACAGAGUGAUUUAGGCCCCUUUAAGACACACAACCAGUAGCAGCCAGUGGGGUGGGUCUGCGUUGCUGACCUGGGUUCCCGAAGCUGCACAUCUCUGCCAGUCAAUCUGAGGGGGAGGGGAAAGGCGACAGGGAACUUGGCACAGUGUAAGUGGCAGGAGCAUUGGAUUGGCUCUGCCGCUUCAUGCCCACUGCACUGAGCUCCCCACUGCUUUGCCACUCCCCCUCAUGGUAAUCGGCAGCGACGGGUGCGAAGCCAGCUCAGCAAUGCUGUGCUAUGCUGAUAAUCACUACUGCACACAGCUGACAUAAACAGACACCUGUUUGGUGGGUGCAUGUGCAAGCCAGAAAGAAUUUUUUUAAAAAAAAUACGCAGAUUUUACAAAGCCCUAGUGAAACCCCAAGGUUUUCAAGAACAUAAAUUACUGACAGUUUCAGUGGUGGUAUUUGUGGAGUCUAUACUUGAGGUGCUGUUUAACUAAGGUUUAUUCAGAGUAGACCCACUGAAAUUAUUGAACAGGACUAAAUGAGUAAAAAUGUAGUUGAAUACCAUGCUAUGUACAGAUGAACAGAGAACAAAACAGGAAUAGCAUAACAAGUAGAGUAAAGGAUGCUAUUUGAUGUGGAAAAAAUGUUUGAAAUGGAAUAAAACCAUUUUGUGGCAGAGAAAAUUGUUAAGAAAUGACCAAGUUUGAUUUGGAGAGGUUCAGUUAGUGAUUAAAGGGGGGGGGGGGAAAUACUCCACUUGAUAUUUACUAUGAGAAAGGCAUGAUUUGAUGACAUUGUUACUUAGAAGUAAAUCUGUGUUCAGUGAGGCUUACUCCAAGAUAAAUGUAUGUAGAACUGCAGCAUUGAACUGUCUUUUAUUUCAUAUUUAUAUAGCAUAUGCUUUAAAUCUUUGCUCCAUUUUAUACCACAAUCAUUUUACAAAAUAUCUGGCAUAAAAAGUAAAUGAAAAAAAUAAUAUUUUGAGAUUUGUUUAAUACAAUGUCACCAGCAAGAACUCAUUUAACCUGUUUAUCUACAUAGGUUCAGUCCUGAUUCUCAUUAUUUAGCAGUGGGUUCCAGUGAAAAUGCAGUGGAUUUUUAUGACCUGACAUUGGGGCCUACUCUUAACCGAGCUAGCUACUGCAAAGACAUUCCUAGUUUUGUAAUUCAAAUGGAUUUUUCAGCAGAUAGCUGUUAUCUUCAGGUAAAUAUAACUGGGAGCUUUUAUUUUUUUAUUAACUUAUUAAUUUGUUUGUUACUAAGGUAUGUAUUUUUGUUUUUAUAUUGUAAACUUCCCUGUGAUCUUUGGAUGAAGGGCAGUAUAAAUAUUUAAUUAAUAAUAACUAUUUCCAAUAUCUUACUCUGUUUAUCGUCUCUCACAUGUAAGUAGAAAUACAUCUUGGAACUGAUGGUUAGUUUAUGUCCAGGAAUUAAAAACUCCUAUUUGUUUCAUGUGUUACACAGGCUCAGACAUAACAAAGAGCACAUUGGGAAGGCGCAGUGUUGCAAAUAGGCUUGCAAAAUAGAAGCACAGUUAAGCAAAGCUUCUGUUUGUGAGCACCAGUGCCUCUAUGUGUCUACCAGGCCACCAGGAUCUGUAUAAUUAGUGAACCCUUUUUCAAGCCAUUGUUAUCAUGCCAAUAGCCAGCACCCACAUUUGCAACCUCCAUGCAAAGGUGCUGGUUCUCAUGAAUGGUGCCACUGUAAGCUUGAGAGUGGCUCCAAGUUAUUCACUUAGAAGCUGUCAUUAUGUCUGAACCAGUUUAAAGACAAUUCAGCUUUUGUGUUGUGUUGUAGAAAUGCACUACUUUUUAUAUUCCUAGAAUAUUCUGUUAAGUAUUGUUACCAUGACAAGGCUCAAGCGAAAACCAAAGCCGAAUAAGAAUAGGAUGGUUGACAGGAUAGCAUAGGAUCAGGUACAUACACCAACAGUUUUACUGUUGAUUUUGAAAAUUAUAUUGAUUAGUAUCUCUUGAUAUGUUGACCUAUUUGUUCCUUAGCAGAAACGUAUUUCAAGACAAAAAUAUCAUCAGAAUAUCUGCAAUUGUAUCACUCUAUACUAAUUCUUAUAGGUCUCUACUGGGUCUUACAAAAGGCAAGUUUAUGAAGUGCCUUCAGGAAAACAGCUCCUGGAUCAAACUGUGAUUGAUAGAAUAACAUGGGCCAGUUGGACCAGGUAAAUCCAGACAUACUGAAGCUUUCUUAAAAUAUGCCACAUCAUUUCCUGCCCAAAUUUAUGCAAUUCCUGUUUUAUGGAUGUAUAAGUAGUUUUUCUGACACUAUUUGUGCUGUGACAUAAUUGCUGUGCACCAUCCUGUACUCUUAAUAGAAUAAAUGAUCUAGGUAAACACUUUAAAUAAGUAAAUAAAUUUACAUCAGUCCUCUAGAUCAAAAUAUGUUUCUUUAAAUGGCUCAAUUUUCUACCUUUUGCUUCAGCAUUUUAGGAGAUGAAGUUGUUGGAAUCUGGUCCAGGCAUGCUGAGAAAGCCGAUGUAAAUUGUGCCUGUGUUUCUCACUCGGGAAUCAGCCUUGUAACAGGCGAUGACUUUGGCAUGGUCAAGCUGUUCGACUUCCCUUGUCCAGAAAAAUUUGUAAGAACCUUUUGAUUGAAGAUUAUGAGAGCUCCUUUACUAAGGUGAACCACUGUAAAAUUGGAGAAGGAAAAUUGCAGGAUAUUUUUCUUUACUACCUAGUUUUCUUCAAAAGGACCUCUGGAGUCCUUUGAAGAUUGAAAAUGAAAGAUACAAGUAUCAUUGCUUGCUUGGUGGUUUGAGUCAAUGGGACAGUCCUGACUCCAUUCAUACAACUUGCCACUAAUCUGUUGCAAGUAGCUGUUGCGUGCCCAGGUGCUGCAACCCUGCCAAGCUGACCCAGUAAAGAAACCAGUCAAGACUCAAGGCCACAACUCUAUUGAUUCCAGAUGUAAGAGGUCUGACAUGGCCAUUGGCUAAUUUGGCAGGUAGUCUUCCUGGCCGUCAGAGAGCCAUUUUGGUUCCCAGCUAUCUGAUAUUCCCCCAGCAGAAGCAGCCCCUCAUCGGGAAACAUUGGGCAAGGCAGCGCCGGCCUGCAGUGCUGUCCCACCUUCUAAGAUGCAAGCGGAUUUGCAUGCCCAGGUGCUGCCUGCAACAAGUAGCAGUUGCAGCCCUUUGUGGACAGUUGAGUAGCAGACUGGACUCAACCUAGCCCCAGAGUGCUGUUCCCCAGUGGAAGAGCACAACACUGAGAGAACAAAUGAAAGAAUGCAUGUGCAACUGCAGUAUCACUGUUCUGCAGUUCUCUACAUAGAAACAGAAGUGUGGUUCAGCAGCUGGAUCAGUGCAAACUUUAAAUCGAUCCAGCCGCUGAACCACACUUCUGUUUCUAAAGGGUCAGGAGAGAUUGGGAUAGUGUGGCAGUAAUGUAGAUGGUAGCAGCAGGUUGUGGGCGAGAUAGAUUAAAAAUAAUUCUACAUAUGCAUACUGUGGGAUUAGGGGCUCGUUUUAAAAAUAAUGAAAAUGACAUGUAGAUUUUGUUUUAUUUCAAAGGCAAAACAUAAACGAUUUUUAGGUCACUCAGCCCAUGUGACUAAUAUUCGUUUUACAAGUGGGGACAGAUAUGUUGUUAGUGCUGGCGGAGAUGACAGCAGGUAUGUAAAUCUUUAUCUAAAUGCUAGAAAAAUACAGAUUAAAGAAAAUUAUUUUCUGCUUUUUCUGAAAAUUGGCUCAGUGUUUGUAUUCCACUCCCUCGCUGUGCAGACGUGUGGGAAUGUUUUAAUCACAUGUCUGUGUUUUACAUUCCAGCACUGAUUGUUGGAGUCUUGUGAACGGAAGUUCCGUUCUGUAUUGCUUUUGUGUUCUCUCUUCUCUCUGAGACCAAGAAGGAGAGGAGCCAUGUUUUCCUUUGUCCUGAUUUUGUAUAUAAAUAAAGUAGCUUAGUACUCACACCCCAGAGCCUAGGUUCUGCUGAUGUUGUUUCUCUGCUAAUGUGUGCUCAGUGUCUCUGGACAUGAGUCACAGAAUCUCAUUGGGGAGGAAGAUUGAGGAGCGGCACACAGAUGAGAGGAACAGGCUGGCACAUAUAAUGUCGCUGCCUGGUUGCGCACCCUGCCUGCCAGCAAUUACCCCGACACUCAGAUGCUUGAAAGACAAGCAGUCAUGUUGAACUAGCAAAAAACCAAGCAUAACAACUUUAAAUAUACAUUAAAAUUACUUUUAAAAUCUAUCAGCUUAUUGUAACUUUUAUUUCUUCUCUUACUUUCUGUUUGAAAAUACAGCAUAUUUGUCUGGAAAUGUGUACAUAUGCCACAUUGA